UUCACACACUCGCUCAUCCCAAAGCACCGACUUCCGGUCUUGUGCGGCUGGGUGGUGGGGGGCGAGGAGGCGCGCACGCUCCCCCCUCCCUACCCCCCACCGGAGCAGAGACUCCCCCCCCCACCCCUAUCUCUAUAUAUAUCCCCCCCUCACCUUUUUAUUUUUUAAAAUUUGUCCCUGAAAGAGAGACACGCCUAUAAAAAGAGUGUCACCCCUCGCCUCCACCCUUAGCUGCCCCAAGCCCCGCCCCUGGGACUCAAGCCCCGCCCCCAGAAGACCCCCUCCCACUCCUUAUGCCCCGCCCCUCAGAGCUAGGAGAGGGCCCCCCCCAACUCACCUCCCCACUUAACCCCCACUCAAGUCUGACCACUUUUUCCCCUUUAGAGUUUCAUUGGUCAAGCAAAAGUAUCCCCUCCAAAUUUGGAGCUGCAGGGAUCCCCCACUCCCCACAAUAGGUUUUUUUGGGGGGGGGAGACUUAAAGGUCCCCCCCACUCCUCACCCCCCACAAAGUGCUCCCCUUAAAUAGUGGGGCACCUAUCACAGGUUGUGUGUUGUGGUGGUGACUUUAAAUAGAGAGUCAGUUCCACCUGCCCCAUAGCUAAUCCCCCUGCCCCUUAGCCCCCCUCCCCACAUCUGUUUCUCUCCCCCUGCCUCCAAAUAGGGCACUGAGGAAAGUCCAGGGGGGGUGAGUGUGGGGCUUCCCCAUUGAUCUCACCCCCCGCCCCACUUUGGUAAGGGAGAGAGAGAGAGAGGGAGCAAGGGGGUGUCUUCCCCACCCCACCCCCACCUGCUAUGGAGAAGGGGAAAGGGGGUGCAGCAACCACAGGAGGAGGAGGUGGAGGGAAAUUGCUGAUCUACACCAGCUUGGAUGCCAAGGAUGAGUUAGAGGAGGUAGGUGCCCGGGGGGUGAAGGUGAAGGGAGGGUGUGGGUGACUGUGUGGGACAGUGCUUCUCCUUAGAAGGCAUACAAAUAAUAAUUUUUAAAAUAAAAAGUGGGCCUGCUAUGCCUCUGGAGCAACAAGAGGUGUUUGUCUUCCUAGGCCCAGCACCAGGCAAGUGACAUAGAAAGUUGCAUUUGUCUUCCUAAUUGUGCUUUUUUUAAGCCUCGACCAGUUCAUGACUACUAGCCACCAUGGCUAUGCAACAGUCUCCAUAGUCGGAGGCAGUUUCGUUUCUGAAUAUCCCAUGCUGGACAUCAUGGCAGGUGUGAGCACUCUUGUAUUUGUGUCCCUAUCGUGGGUUUCCCAGCAGCGCCUGGGUGGCCGCUCUGAUAACAGGAUGCUGUAUCUAUAAGAAGAGGCUCCCGGGUCAGGCCAGUGACCCACCUAGUCCAGUAUGGGCCAUUGGCCUGACCCAGCAAGCUCUUCCCAUGUGGCCUGACGGCAUCUGGCUGGCGGAAUGCAGAAUGUGCUCUUCGGUAACCAUAAGUUAUGGAGCUCUUGUGGGUUAUUUCCUGGGUUUGGGGACUGUGGCUAUAAUUAACAUUGACAAAGUGCUGAGAGGUCUGCAGGCUGCUUUCUGAGUCUGCCGGUUCCUCAGUGCAAUAGGGGGAAUAUAGUUCCCAUUUCAGAGUUGGGAAGAGUGAGGCUGCAGCAGCUUCUCUGAGGGCUGCCUAGCAGCGGUGGCAGAUUUCCUAUGGGACUGGUGGGGCAGAAGUGAGAGAGACCAGGAGUCGAGACAAUGAUGGCCAGAGCUGCCCCCUUACUGGUGAUAUAUGUCAGACCACAGGCAGGUGGGGAAUGACUGCGGUCAGUGCCCCAUUUGCCCUGAUAGGCCAGCUUCCACUCUUAGCUGGUGAGCUGAGGUUGCUGUGCCCAGAGUGGCUUACAAAAAUGGCCUGGUGGCUUUUUUUCUGGCUUGGUAACUUGCAGGGACUUGUUUGGAAAGUUGAUGUGGCCCGCGCCUUUGCGUGGCUGCAAUACUUUUUCCACUGGGCUUCGUAGCCUCUGCACUGCCUGAGGAUUGCUCCCGGUGCCAGGAAUGGGUCAUAGAAUUGAAGAAUCGCAGAGCUGGGUCCUUGACGGUAGCUCAGUGGAGAUGUUGACCCAGUGUGCGUCAGCUGUAGGAAAGGCAAAUUCCAUGUUAGGGAUUGUUAGGAAAGAGGUUGAGAAGAAAGUUGCCGCUACACAGAUGCCGUCGUUCCAAGUCUAUGGUGUGACUGCUCUUGGAAUAUUGUGUGCAGUUUGGGACAAGUCAGAAAGGAUAUUAUGGAGUUGCAAAGGGUUCAGAGAAGUGCGGCCAAAAUGAUCAAUGUUGCGGUGUUUGGGGCUUUUUUUAGUUUAGACAAAAGGUGAGUAAGAGGUGCUAGAAGUUUAUAACAGUUUGCAUGGUUUGGAGAAAAUGCAUAGAGAAAAAGUUCUGGCCUUCUCCCAUAACAACUCUAGAACUUGUGAACACUCAGUGGAGCUGAAUGUGGGAAGAUUGAGGACAGAUGAAAGGAAGGACAUCUUCACACAGUGCCAUAGUUCAGCUAUGGAACUCACUCACACAAGAGGUAGUCAUGGCCACCAGCUUGGAUGGUUUUAAGACAGGAUUGGACAAAUUAAUGGAGGCUAAGGCUGCCUGUAUGGGACGCAGGUGGCGCUGUGGGUUAAACCACAGAGCCUAGGGCUUGCCGAUCAGAAGGUCAGCGGUUCGAAUCCCAGCAAUGGGGUGAGCUCCCAUUGCUCAGUCCCUGCUCCUGCCAACCUAGCAGUUCAAAAGCACGAAGUGCAAGUAGAUAAAUAGGUACCGUUCUGGUGGGAAGGUAAACAGCGUUUCUGUGCACUGCCUUGGUUCGCCAGAAGCGGCUUAGUCAUGCUGGCCACAUGACCCGGAAGCUGUACGCCGGCUCCCUUGGCUUAUAAAGCGAGAUGAGCACCGCAACCCCAGAGUCGGUCACGACUGGACCUAAUAGUCAGGGGUCCCUUUACCUUUAAGGCUGCCUGUGGUUACUAGCCACGAUGGCUAUUUUCUGUGUUCAGAAUGAUCCAGUGGUUGCAGGAACUCCUCUACAAAAGAUUAAAUCUUGUUUCUUAUGUUUAGGGGAGCAGGGAAAGGCAAGUAGCAGAGGCCUUGAUAGAGGUGUAUAAGAUUCUGCUUCAUGUGGAGGGAGAUUCUUCCUCAUAACAGUAGCACCCAGGGUCAUCCGAUGAAACUGAGUGCUAGAAGAUUCAGAACCGACAGAAUAAAUUACAACUAUACACAAUGCAUGUUCAGACUGUGGAAUUUCCUCCCAAAAGAUGUAGCGAUGGCCAUCAAUUUGGAUGGCUUUAGAAGGGCGUUAAACAAAUGCAUUGAGGAUAAGGCUUUCUGUGGCUUCUGGCCACGGUGACUCUGUUCUCCCUCCACUAUCAGAGACAAUGUGCCGGUGUUGCUUGCAGGUCCUGUUUUCGGGUCCUGUUUUCAGGCUUCCCACAGACAUCUGGUUGGCCACUGUAAGAACAGGAUGCCGACCUCACUGGGCCUUUGGUCUGAUCCAGCUGGGUUCUUCUCCUGUUCAUCCCUGCCCUCACCAAUGUCAGGGAUAGUGGCCUGGUUUGCUCAUAACAUUUAACCAUGGUUUCAGUGAACCUUAGUUAAUGAAUCUUGGUUUUGCAUAAUUUGCUAGCCCAGCACUUUAGCCAUGGUUUGUUUAUAGGCCUAGAAUUGUAGAGUUGGGACCCCUAGGGUCAUCUAGUCCAACCCUCUGUAAUGCAGGACAGCUAAAGCAUCCAUGACACAUGGCCACCCACCCUCUGCUUAAAAACCUCCAAGGAAGGAGAGUCCCUCACCUUCUAAUGUGUCCGUUCCACUUUCGAACAGCUCUUACCAUCAGAAAGUGCUUCCUGAUGUACAGCUGGAAUCUCCUUUCUCGUAACUUAAAUCCAUUGGUUCUGAUCCUACCCUCUGGAGCAGGAGAAAACAUGUUUGCCCCAUCUCCCUGUGGCAGCCCUUUAGAGAUCUGAAGAUGGCUAUCAAAGCUCUUCUCAGUCUCUUCCAGGCUAAGCAUACCCAACUCCCUGUUUCUAAUAAGGCUUAAUUUCCACACCCUUGACCAUCUUAGUUGCCCUCCUUGGUCCACACACAUUCCAGCUUGUCAAUAUCCUUCUUAAAUUGUGGUGCUCAGAACUGGGCGCAGGGCUUCAGCUGUGGCCUGACCAAGGCAGAACAGAGCAGUAAUAUGACUACCUUUGAUUGGGAUGCUAUACUUCUGUUGGUGUAGCCUAGAAUAGCAUUAGCCUUUUUUUUGCUGCUGCAUCACACUGUUGACUCAUGUCCGGCUUGUGGGCUACUAAAACCCCUGGAUCCUUUUCACGUGUGCUACUGGCAAGCCAGGUGUCCGCCAUCUUAGAUUUGUCCAGCUGGUUCUUCCUGCCUAAGUGCAGAACCUGACAUUUGUCCCUCUUGAAAUUCAUUGUGUUAGUUUUGGCCCAGUUCUGCAAGGUCGUAUUGAAUCCUAAAGGUAUACGUGUAUGUACGUGUGUAUGCACAUGUACACAUGCACACACACACAAAUGCACACAUUUCAUCCAAGUCAUUUAUAAAACCGUCAAACAACAACGAGCCCAGAACACAACCCUGUGGCACCCAGGGUUCUGUUUGGGUUCUGUCAGUCAACCAGCUACAAAUCCAUCUUGCCCAGUCCACAUUUUACCAGCUUUUCCACAAGAAUAUCAUGGGGAGUUUACUGCCUUUAACUAUGGUUUAGCCCCGUGUGUGAUCAUAGGCAGUGCAUGACUUCUAUGCAACUAGUCUGUGCAUCUGUCAAGUGUACAGAAUUAGUGCCCCUGAGACCAAUUCAGCCACCUGCACAUGCUCAGAAUCCUUUCCGCGUUGCCAUGUUUCCUGGGCCCAGAUCCAGCGUUGGGCCACCUUACCCCCCUCCCCCAGGUGCAGUGUCCAUAAGGGGUGCAGCAUGUGUCUCGGUUAACAAUUUACCUCCUUGGGAACAUUUCCUGGUAAAGCAUUUCUCAGACUUCCUUCCCAGUAAAGGCAUCUCUGCUAGGAAAUGCAAUCAGAGGUGUCUUGGCCGCUGUUGGACACCCUCAGCACCUCUUAUGUACGAAUCAAUUAUCACCUGAAAGUUCAGCGGUGAGGAAAAGCAUGCAAAAAGUCACAGGGCGGCAGAGUCUUGGAUUUGUGCUGUCUUUGGUAGCGGUACUUGUGUGGCCAGUUUUAUUCUUCCUGACAACGCCGUCACGAGCCAGAUCUGUUAUGCUUCUCUAGUGUGCAGGGGCCCUCCUCUCAAUGUGCCAUUGAAUAUUCCUCGCUGAGCCAGGCAGCAGGAGUGCAGAGAGGGAGAGGCAGGCCCAGAGACCCCCGUGCUAGGCCAGCAGUGAUGUGACCUGCCAAGCCAAAGGCAGAACAGCAGCCAUUGGCUGUGUUCCGUUUUGCCGGGUGAUGGACAGCCCCCCUUUUGCACCGGCAGGCAGGAAAACCAGGAGGUGCCUUGAGCCCCCGGUAGACUGCAGUUGAUCUUGGCGGUGUCGCAAGAAAUUUAAGAAAUCAGCCAGGUGCGAUUUGCGACAGGCGCAGGUCCAAUUGCAACCACAUGGAGAUCUUUGGGUGACUGACAUCUCCAUCUGGCUGGCCCCUCCAGCUUUCUUAAGCUGGUGAGGAGAAGAGCUUGUCUGUUGCAUUGAUCUCCCACCCAUGGUUCACCCCCCGCCUCAGUUAAUCCCUACAACAACCCUGUGAGGUAGGUAAAAAGGAGGCUGGGACUGACUUCAAGGUCACCCAGUGAGCUUCAUGGCUGAUCGGGGAUUUGAACCCUGGCCUCCCAGGUCCUAGUCCGGCACUCUAACCAUUACACCACACACCUAGAGUCCUUAUGCUAUGGGGCAGCUGUAUAAAUGAAGUACCGUAUUUUUCCGUGUAUAAGACGCCCCCAUGUAUAAGACGUCCCCUAUUUAGGGGGACACCAAAUUAAGAAAACACCUCUCAGCGCUACCCAAGUAUAAGACCAAUUUUAUACCUAAUUUUUUUUGGAGGAAAUCUAGUCUUAUACACAGAAAAAUACGGUAGGUAAAUAAAUAUGGGGAAAGCAAUAUGCCACAUAGGGAAGGAUCUGAAAUACUUUCCUUGAAGCUUGAAUUUGUUUUAUUUGGUGUUUCAAUGUGUUGUGAAACCGCUAUGAGAUUUCCCCCCCUCCCUUUAAAAUAGAAAGCGCUACAGUGGUACCUCAGGUUAAGUACUUAAUUCAUUCCGGAGGUCUGUACUUAACCUGAAACUGUUCUUAACCUGAAGCACCACUUUAGCUAAUGGGGCCUCCAGUUGCCACCGCACUGCCGGAACACAAUUUCUGUUCUCAUCCUGAAGCAAAGUUCUUAACCUGAGGUAAUAUUUCUGGGUUAGCGGAGUCUGUAACCUGAAGUGUAUGUAACCUGAAGCGUAUGUAACCCAAGGUACCACUGUAUAUAAAUGAAGUUAAUAAUAAGAAUUAGAAUAAACUCCUCUGGAAGAAAAAUGGUGCCUAGGCAUUCCUAGGUUGAAGGUGCCAUUCGGUACUUAGCUGAUAUAUCUGAGUUUCUAACACUGGGCACAAGUUAUUGGAGGAGGAACGUGGGAAGCUGCCUUAUUACAGAGUCAGACCACCGGUCCAUUUAGCUCAGAACGGCCUAUGCGGACUGGCAGCUGCUCUCCAGGGGUUUUAUAACAGGGUCUGUCUGUCGGGCCUCCUGGAAGAUGCUGGGGAUUGAAGCUGGAACCUUCUGCAUUCAAAGCAGAUGUUCUGACGCUGAGCUGCGGCCCUUCCCUACAAAAUAUUUAGGGAAAUAGGAAACAUGAUAAUAAUAAUAAUAAUAAUAAUAAUAAUAAUAAUAAUAAUAAUAAUAAUUAUUUAUUUAUACCCUGCCCAUCUGGCUGGGUUUCCCCAGCCACUUUAAAAGCGGAUUAGAUAAAUUCGUGGGGGAUAAGACUGUCAGUGGCUACUAGCCAGGAUUGCUAUGCUUUGCCUCCACAGCUAGAGGCUUGUGCUUAGGUCUCUCUGCUUAGCCACUGUCAGAACAGGAUGCUGGACUAGAUGGGCCUUUGGCCUGAUCCUGCAGGGCUCUCACUGCAGUAUUGCUGUAUAAGAAAGGGUUUUUUUAAAAAAAGUAUUGUACAACCUUUUGGAGAGGGAGGAUUGUUUGUCUCAUGGUCCUGAAUUAUUUUUUGUUAAUUUUUAAAAAAACAAAAACAAACCCAGGGUACAGUACAACACAUUUCGUUCCUAAAAUAGUAACAAGAUUGACAAACAUGGAAAAUGAUGCAAUUCAAGCCACUUAAUUUGCCAGAACCUCUGCUGUUGCUUUUCCGCGAGGGCUAGGGGUCCGUUUGCUCAUAAAUGUCCCGGACUUAACUGCAAGGCUGGCUUGUGUGUACAGCGACCUUGCGAAGUAGGUUAGGCCAGAAAGGGCCAUGUCACCACCGUGACUUUCUUCCAUGUAGAAUACCAGGCCUCAGGAGUGAUUGGUUGUACCUGUGAUAUCUUGAUUUGGGGGGUGGGAAUAUGGUUUAGGGUGGGUGGGCUCAGGCUGGUGGUGUCGCCAAGUAAGGGCGUGUGUGUUACUAACCACUGUGCCAACUGAAUGUCACAAGCGGUGACGUUAAGUGGAGGCCAGCUUGCCAGAACAAAUGUUUUGAGUCUGGGACUCGGAGAUUAGCUCAGGGGAGGCCUGAGUGUAGUGGUUCUGUAUUCCCACCCACUUCUGUGUCUGACUUCAGUGUGCUGAAUCGAACGGCCUUGGACAUCUGCCCUGUCCAGCCCACAGCAUAUUGGGGCACUGUUAUACGGUGGUUCUGCUCCUUCCUCCUGGGCUGUGUCCAAGAAGUGGUGUCGGGGAUGAGUAUUCAGACCCCUUGUGGGUUGCCUCAGGGCUCCGUCCUCUCCCCCAUGCAUUUAAACAUCUAUAUCGGGUUUCCUCAACCUCGGCCCUCCAGAUGUUUUUGGCCUACAACUCCCAUGAUCCCUAGCUAGCAGGACCAGUGGUCAGGGAUGAUGGGAAUUGUAGUCUCAAAACAUCUGGAGGGCUGAGGUUGAGGAAGCCUGAUCUAUAUGAAACCACUGGGAGCAAUCACCAGGGGGUUUGGACUGGGUAUCCAUCAAGAUUUGGAUGGUACCCAGCUUUGUUUCUCAUAUAAAUCAGAACCAGUGAAAGCGGUGAAGGUCCUGUGUGAGUGCCUGGAGGUGGUUGGAGGAUGGAUGGCAGCUAACAGAUUGAGAUUGAAUCCUGACAAGACAGAAGUACUUUUUGGGGGGAACAGGGGGCGGGGCGGGUGGGGGGGACUCCCUGGUCCUGAAUGGGGUAACUGUGCCCCUGAAGGACCAGGUGCGCAGCCUGGGAGUCAUUUUAGACUUACAGCUGUCCAUGGAGGUGCAGGUCAAUUCUGUGUCCAGGGCACCUGUCUACCUGCUCCAUCUGGUACGCAGGUUGAGACCCCACCUGCCUGUGGACUGGCUUGCCAGAGUGGUGCAUGCUCUCGUUAUCUCCCGCUUGGACUACUGCAAUGCGCUCUACGUGGGGCUACCUUUGAAGGUGACUGGGAAACUACAACUAAUCCAGGAUGCAAAAUUCAAAGUGUUGGUGCUCCCCUUUAAAGCCCCAAGAGGCCCUGUAUACCUGAAGGAGCGUCUCCACCCCCAUUGUUCAGCCCGGACACUGAGGUCCAGCUCCGAGGGCCUUCUGGCGGUUCCCUCACUGCGAGAAGCAAAGUUACAGGGAACGAGGCAGAGGGCCUUCUCGGUAGUCACACCCGCCCUGUGGAAUGUCCUCCCAGCAGAUGUCAAAGAGUUAUAUAAUUUUUUCUACAUAAUCUGAAGGCAGCCCUGUUUUGGGAAGCUUUCAAUGUUUGAUGUUGUUGUUGUUACUUUCCCCUUUUCCCCGCACGUAUUUUUGUUGGAAGCCAUCCAGAGUGGCUGGGGCGACCCAGUCAGAUGUGAGGGGUAUAAGAAAUUUGAUGAUGAUUAUGAUGUCCUUCUGGUGGGCUUCCCAGAGACGUAUGGUUGGUGGAAACUGAAUGCUGGACUAGAUGGGCCUCUGGUCAGAUCCAGGAAGGUGGUUCUUGUGUGCAGAAUCCAGCUGUCCUGGCUGCCACCCCAGGCUAGAGACCUGUGAUAAUGGAAUGGGUUGGAGGAGGAGGCCCAGAGGCUUAUCUUUCCACAUCAGCUCACAUUCUCUCACCCUCAAACUAUGGCCAGGUCUAGCACAUGGAAAGCUGCCUUAUGUUGAAUCAGACUGUUGGUCCAUCUAGCUCAGUACUUCCUGCAGUGGCUGGCAGUGGCUCUCCAGUUUUUCUCCCAGCUGGGUUUGGAACUGCUGUUGGCUGGUCCUGGGAGGCUCUGCGUGCAAACCAUUUGCUCUACCCACCCAGCUGCAGCUUUUCCCCAGUUAUCCACUCCUGUCUAUCGCUUCCUUUGGGUGACAAGACUCAAGGAAGCUCUGGUCUCUUCUUGACCUUCCUGGACCCGGUGCGUUAAUAACUUGGCGCGAAUGAAAAACAGAUGCCUCUGAAACAGCCGUGGCCCAAAGGCUCCUUGAAAAUCUGCCGUGUGGUGUGGAGUGAUCAAAACGUGGUCUUCAAAGGGAGGUGGGGUAUUUUAUCUCUCUCGCUCUCUUUCUCUCCCCCUGGAAUUCUCCUGGCCCUGACUCAAGGGGCAUAAAUGCCACCUCCAGAAUCUCAGCGCAGCUUUCCUAAAAGGAUGUCAGCUUGGCCUUGGGCUGGCUUGUGGAGAUAGACGGAAACGUCAAGGCUCUUGGAACUUCAGAGGGAUGGAACCUUGAAACGUCACCAAGGAAGCAUUCCCCUUUGCACAGCUUGGGGAUGGAGGCAUGGAGACCACCAAAGGCUUGCCAUGAGUGUGUGCUGACUGGAGAAAGCGUAAGGAUCAGGGAAGCUCCAGCCCUCCAGGAGCUGUGGGACUGCAGCCCCCAGUGGCCAGCAUCAGGGGGAGUCAUAGGCCACAUUCACCCCAUGCAGAUAGGUAAAGGUAAAGGGACCCCUGACCAUUAGGUCCAGUUGUGGCUGACUCUGGGGUUGCGGCGCUCAUCUUGCUUUAUUGGCCGAGGGAGCCGGCGUACAGCUUCCGGGUCAUGUGGCCAGCAUGACUAAGCCACUUCUGGCAAACCUUCCUGCUGGAGUGGUACCUAUUUAUCUACUUGUAGUUUGUGCUUUCGAACUGCUAGGUUGGCAGGAGCAGGGACCGAGCAAUGGGAGCUCACCUCGUCUCGGGGAUUCAAACCGCCGACCUUCUGAUCGGCAAGUCCUAGGCUCUGUAGUUUAACCCACAGCACCACCCGCGUCCCUCCAUGCAGAUAAAGCACCACUUUAUAAACCGUCACAGGUUCCCCCAAGGAAUUCUGGGAGCUGUAGUUUGUCAAGGCCGCCAAGAGUUGUUACGAGACCCUUAUUCCCCCUCCAGAACUACAGUUCUCAGAGUGGUUUAACAGUCAAUCCCUCUUCACGGGGAACUAUGGGAACUGUAGCUCUGGGAGAGGAACAGGGGUCUCCUUUCAGCACCCUUAACAAACCGCACCUUCCAUAAUUCUUUGGGCGAAACCAUGGCUGUUUAAAAUGGUAUCAUGGCGCUUAAAAUGUGACCAUUGUUCUGCUCAGUGUGGAUAGGUUCAUUGAAAUGAAUGGACAUGACUUCAUUGAAAUUAAUAGACCUAAGUUAGUCAUGUCCAUUCAUUUCAAUGGGUCGACUGAGCGGAACCUAGGCUGCAUUCAGACCAUCCAUUUAAAGUGCUGGGAUGAUACCACUUUCAACAGUUGUGCCUUCCCUUAAGGACUUCUGGGAGUUGUAGUUAAGUGCGCUGAGAGUUGUUACAAGACCCUUAUCCCCCCCCCCCCGACCUACAAUUCACAAUGGCUUAAAAAUCAAUCCCCCUUCCCAGGGAACUCUCUGCAGAAGUGUCCGGCUUGACACUGUGGGAACAGGAUGCCAGACUAGAUCAGAGUUUUCUGCCACAGUGGCUGUGCUUUUCCUCCCCUGUCAGAGGCAGUAUACCUUUCAGUACCAAUCACAGGUGAGGAUAACUUCGGUAUUGCUUUCCAUCACAGCACCUGGUUGGCCACUGUGAUAACAGGAUGCUGGACUAGAUGGGCCUUUGGCUGACUCCCAGCUGCAGGGUUCUCCUUGCAAUUCUACAUUCGAAACAAUGCGUAUGUCACAUGAUAGACGCUUAUAAAAUUAUACACCGCAUGGAGAAAGUUGAUAGGGAAAAGUUCGUCUCUCUCAUAGCACUAGCAGCUGAGUGUCGGCAGAUUACAGAAAGUCCUCCUACACACAGUCCAUAACUAAACUGUGGGAUUCACUGCCACUGCUAACUUGUGAGGCUUUAAGGGAAGGUUAGACAAAUCCACAGCAGGCUGGCUAGGUUCUCCUUCCAGAGGCGUGGCAUCAGGUUUCGUGUUUCUUAGUUCCUCCUGGUCUUUUUUGCAAAUAACAUUCCCUCGUCGCGCACCGCUGUUGCGGCAAGAUAGGACAUAGAAGCGACUUAAAAGCUUGCAAACACCAUCACUCACGCAGAGGGGGGUGUCACCCCGUGGUCUGCCCCUGACCCCUUUCCUUGCAUGCUCUGACCACGACAUGCAGGGCACACUCUCUGCAAUAUUAAUGGGCCUGUGUGUGUGUGUGUGUGUGCAGGCUGACCAGCUGGGGUGGGAGGCGAAGACUUGCUCGCUGCUCCUUUUCAACAAAGCCAGCAGCCCUACUGUCCCUGGUGAGAAUUUUCCGCACCCCCUUCGAAAGGAUGAAAGCCGCCUCUGGAUGUUAGGAAGUGUGACUCGGAGGAGGGGCCACAUUGAAAUUACAGCGGCCCCUGGGGUCUCCUGAGGAGGAGACGGCAGGGACUUUGGGUGUCCUCUCUCAUUUCAGCUGUCACAACUUAGGGACAUCAAAGGGCGCUUUGAUGAGGCCCUUCCAGCAGCAGGAAAAAGAUCUAUGGGGAAAGACCUUGGAUUUGCUAACCCCCCCCCCAUUCCCAACACAGACACGCGGGUGACAAAUGACAUAUGUCUCUAGCUCUUGGCAUGCACGUGGUGUUUUCCCUGUCAAACCCACUACCCCCCAAUAGAGAAACUGGCUUGAUUCUCAAUGGCUGAGAUCACAAGGGCUGGGAAACUAGAGUCGCUUCCUCUUCAUCCCAGGGAGCAAAAACAAGGCUGCAUCAACAGAAGAAGUAGAGUCUCCAGAGCAAGGAAAAUAAUAGUACUAGUCUCUUCUGCCUUGGUCAGUUCCCACCUCGAAUACUGUGUCCAUUUCUGGGCAGCAUUUUAUGGGAAUUCGCUUUAACGGGCAAACUAACAGACUGUAGUUGAUGCAGCCCUGUAGAGAUUCUGCGCGCUCUCUGCCCAGCUGAGUCCAGAGUGUUCGUUCCUGGUGUUGGGUAGCCAGGGCAAUUCUGCUGGUUUACUGCCUGCCUGAGCUGACAGCUGGUGUUGAGGACUCCCAGACUGCUGGUGUUGGGGGGCUUCCAAGAUCCAUGCCAAAGCAGUUAGCUCCUGGGUGGCUCAGGACUUCACGGCUGCCGUGACAACCAUGGGGCUAUCCCAACACAUCAUCAGCCCAACGCAUGUGGCAGGUCACACUUGUUUUCUUGGCUGGGCAGGAAGAGGGUAAUCUGAAAAUGGGGGGAUAUUUGCAUCAGUCCCUUGUCAUGGUCAGAUCACUUCCUGUUGAGAUUCUGGCUCUGAACACCUUUCUCCCUUUGCAGAGGUGGGGAACCUAUGGGGAUGGUCCACCCUUGGAGGCUGAUGGAGCCAUUGGGUUUCCAGACGGCCCUGGGUGAUUUCUCGGCUGAUGUGACCGAUGCUGCUUUAAAAGCCCUGGCUGACUUGUGGAACAUCUGGAUGGUUCAUGCUGUUGACACGAUCCUGCCUGAGCCCCCUCUCCUUCUCUGUGGAGCCCACUUGGCUCCCUGGUAUACUUCAGAGCUCAGAGGGAGGAAACAAGCUGAGAGGCGGCUUGGACGCAAUUGGAGAAAAACUCUGGUUGAAUGUAAUCAAACACUGGUGAGGGCUCACCAUCGAGCCUACCUAGUGUCAGUCAAGGCAGCAAAUAAGGUGUACUUUGCUCCAUCCAGUAUACCUGAAGGAGCAUCUCCACCUGCAUCGUUCUGCCUGGACACUGAGGUCCAGCACUGAGGGCCUUCUGGCGGUUCCCUCGCUAUGAGAAGCCAAGUUACAGGGAACCAGGCAGAGGACCUUCUCGGUAGUGGCACCUGCCCCAUGGAAAGCCCUCCCAUCAGAUGUCAAAGAGAAAAAGAACUACCAAACUUUUAGAAGACAUCUGAAGGCAGCCCUGUUUAGGGAAGCUUUUAAUGUUUAAUAGGUUAUUGUAUUUUAGUGUUCUGUUGGAAGCCGCCCAGAGUGGCUGGGGAAACCCAGCCAGAUGGGCGGGGUAUAAAUAAAUUAUCAUCAUCAUUAUUAUUAUUAUUAUUGCUGCCUCCGUUGUAUCCUCAUUGUUCCGUCUGGCAGAGCUUUUCCGGGUGGUGCGGGGCCUUUAACAGUCAGGCCCGAAGGCUUUGACUUGUUUGCAAAGCACUUUGAGGUUAAAAUUGCUUGCAUCCACCGGGACCUUGACUCUGCUGUUUCAGCAGAUGAAUCUCAAGGGUGUCUCAAGCACUGUCUGGUCUUGUUGAGUGAGUUUUGAUUGGUAAGGCUCAAGAUGUGGACAAGGUGCUUCAGUUGGUCAGGGCGACCGCUUGCGCUCUGAACUCUCACCCCUUUUGGCUGAUAAAAACCGGCAGGGAAGGGAUAGCUGGCUGGGCCAGGGACAUGAUUAAUUCCUCCUUGCCUGAGGUGGUGGUCCUCUCCCGACUUGGAGGAGGCAAUGAGAAGAUCAGUCCUUAAGAAACCAACCCUCCCUGGAUUCAGAAAAUCUAAGUAAUUACUGACCAGUUGCCAGUCUCCCCUUCUUGGGCAAGGUUCUUGAGCAGGUGAUCCAGGCACUGUAGGAUGAAACUGAUUUCCUAGAUCCAUUUCAGUUGGGGUUUAGGCCUGGUUUUGGCACAGAAGCUGCUUUGGUUUCUCUGUAUGGUGACCUCUGUCGGGAGAGAGACAGUGGGAUUGUAGGUUAAUUUUCCUUGACCUCUCAGCAGCUGCCAAUACCAUUCAUUGACCAUGGUAUAUUUCUGGGGAGGCUGAAAUAUAGGGCUGUGUGGCACCACUUUACGGUGAUUCAAGCCCUAUUGGAUGGUCGUUUCCAAAGGGUGAUGCUUGGGGAGUGUUCUUCAGCCCUGUGGAGCUUUCAAUGUGGGGUUCAGUUUUAUCUCCUGUGCUGUUUAACAUCCACAUGGAACUGCUGAGCUUUGGAGUAUGUUGUCAUCAGCAAUAUGCUGAUGACACACAGCUCUACUUCUCCUUUAUAUCUGCAGGUGAGGCAGUGGUGCUGGACCAUUGUCCUGCCUCGGUAAUGGGCUGGAUGAGAGCCAACAAACUGAAGCUCAGUCCAGAUAAAACUGAGGCACAGUUAGUGGGUGGUUCCCUAGACUGCAUGGGUGGGAGCUUGCCUGCUCUUGAUGGAGUUACACUCCCUUUGAAAGUGGGGGUACGUAGCCUGGAUCCUUUGCUGUUGCUUGAGACUCAGGUGGCCUCAGUGGCAUUGAGUGCCCUCCAUGAGCUUCAGUUGGUGGCCCAGCUUAUCUGGAGAGGGAUUGUUUAACUUCUGUUUUCUUUGCUCUGGUAAGACGCAUCUGAAGACAGUUUGGAAACUUCAACCAGUGCAGAAUUCAUCAGCCAGGUUGCUCACUGUGGCAAAUGCCAAUCCUGGUCCAACCGCACUAAAUGACAAUUUCCAGACCCAAAUCAAGUGCUGGCUCUGACAUAUGAAGCCUUAAAUGGCUCAGGACAACAAUAGCUCAAGGACCACGUCUCCCCAUAUGCAACAACCCUGACCUGUGAUCAUCACCUGAGGUCUUUGUCUAGCUCCUCCCCGAGAGGACCGGAUCGCGUUAAAAUGAGAAUGGUCCUUCUCUGGGUGGGCUCCCCAUUUGUGGAAUGCUCUCCCCAUCCAUAUCUUUAGGCACCAGGCAGAGGUGUUUCUCCAGAACCGUUCUAUGCGUUUGUGGGAAGGGAAUUUGUGGUUUGCUUUUGUUUUAUAAUGUAUUUUGUGUUCUUGUUUUGUAUUUUUAUGUUGUGAACUGCCCUGUGAUCUUCAGAUGAAGGGCAGUAUGCAAAUUUAAUUAAUAAUGAUGAUAACCAUAACUCAAAGAAGGCUAUGGACAGAUUCUCUUAUUUAACGUAUGUUUUAAUAAGUAUUUUUUUAUUGAAUAUCUCUUGCAAUUGUUCCCAUGGGGUGUGUCUAGGACUUCUUCUUUUCCCUUUAACUCUUCCCUUAUACUUGAAAAAACAUAAACAUUAAAAAAAACUCCCUGUGUUCAUCAUUUGUAGCAGCCUAAAAGAACUAACUUUGAAUGAAACUUCCCUGUCUGGUUGCUUGGAGACAAGUUUUGCUUGCCCCAGGUGAGCAGAAGUAGCUGUCUGUAAGAAACAAAAAGGAACCUUCUACCAUAUGUGGUGGACAUGCCCCAAAAUUGGGAAAUUUUGGAGCAUGAUCCACGAAGAAAUAAAAUACUAAGAAUAUCAUAUAGUAAAAGGCCAGAGGCAUUCCCUUUAGGAUAAUUUUAAAUGAUGAUAUUCCAAAAGACAAAACUAAACUUUUCUUAUAUGCGACGUCUGCAGCAAGAAUCCUGGUGGCUAAAUAUUGGAAAGGGAAUCAGUUACCCACUAGGGGAGAGUGUUUAUGUAAGCUUUCAGAAUACUUAGAAUUAGCCAAAUUGACAGACGUAAUAAGACAAAAAGCAAAAAGUGAAGUAAAAAAAAGAAUGGGAGUGCCUAAAUGAAUACCUUAAAAGUUAAGGUUCGAGAACAGAAAUCUGGAUGAGUGUGGAAUAACCUUGUGAAGGGAAAGGAUAAGAAAGAGGGAUUUAUAUCUAGAUGUUAGGAUAGAGAUGAUCAGGAAAACAGGGCUGCCCCUGCUGUUCUCCCCCCCCCCUCACCUGGGAUGACAAACCAUUGGUCAACCCCUGGGCUUCUCCAUUUACCCUUUUCAACACCUUUCACCCAUUUUUUCCUUUAUCCCUUUUUUCAGAGGCUCGAAAGAUGCAUGGGCACCGUAACAUCGCUGACAGGCGGGGUCUCCGAGAGGGAAGCCAACGACGCCCUGAACGCUCACGUGAGUAUCUCAGUGCUGGAGUCACCUUGCAGAGGGUUCUCAAAAGCCCUGCCUCUUGCAUCUAAGAGGGGCUGAUGGCUGCAUUUGCUAACCUCGAUGGCUGUGCUCUGCCUCCGCUGUCGAAGGGAGCCUGCCUCUGACUACGGGUCGCCAGGAAUCGCCAGUGGGCAGAACUGCUGCUGCUGCUGCUGCUGUGCUCAGGUCUUGCAACUGGGGGGACGAACCUGUGACAACAGGAUGUUGGACUAGAUGGGCCAUUGACCUGAUGCAGCUGCAGGGCUCUUGUGUUCUUACCAGAUCGGAGAAGUUCGUGGUGGAGAAGAAGGCCAUCUGUGGCUUUCAGCCACAAUGGCUUUGUUCCUCUUCCACUGUGAUGUGCCUCUGUUGGGUAUCGCAAGCAGGCAGCGCUGCCGUUGCACUUGGGUCUUGCUUGUGAGAUUCCCAUUGGGGAAGCUAUUUACGGAGAAACUCUUUACGGAGCCUCCUUAAGGCUUUUUAUUUAAAAUAAUGAAAAUUCAGCCGGACUAUUUUCAGGGUUGAAUAUUGUUCCUGCUGCUUUAACAGAUGGAUUUAACGCGUUCUUAACUGUUUUAGCUUUCCGUUCUGUUUUUAAUUUCUCCUCUUUUUUUUUGUACCGCCGCCACAAUAUUUCCAGUUUACAACUUCUUUAAAUAAAAUAAAUGAUUGGCACCUUAAAAUACGAGAGUAUAUAUAGAACUUGCCAGCAUGACAAACAGAUUAAGAAAUAAAGAUGAUAAGAAUUUGAAAGAAGACAGACAUUAUAUAUUUAGAUUAUAUGGGGAAAAAUAUCACAAUAAGAAAAUAAGCGCAACAGGCUGACGAAAAAUACUCGGCGGUAGAUGUUGCAAAGUGGGAUAGUGUAAGGUAAUGAAAACAACUUAGUGGAGUAAGAAAAGAUAGCAUUUGAAAAGAUAGAUAGGAAACCAAGGAAAGAAUGGGAGGGGAGUAAAAGUUAAAGUUUAUGAGAAUUAAAUAAAUUAUUAUUCAAAUACAUAUGUCUUAUAUUUAUGUUAUUUCCGCCCUCUCUUAUUAUCCUGUGUCUGAUUGUAACACAGUAGGUGUUGAUGAUAUCAUCAAACAGAAAAGCAAAUAAAAAAUAAUUUAAAUAAAUAAAAAUAAACAAUUUGCUUCCAGGCAUCCUUAAUUGAAGCCAGCUUGGAAGGACUCUGAAAGCAUCUUGAUUUUAUUUUAAAUCAUUGCUGCUUUGGGAGUCCUUGCUUGCUCUACAGAUUCCUUCCUCCCUCUCCCUGCACCUUCCCUCUGAGGUUUGGCCUGCCGUUAGAUAAACCUUCCGGUCUUGCUCCUCCAGGUGUGCAAAGGAGCCCCUCAGCACGAAGAGAUAUGCCUGGGCCUUUUCAUGCUGAUCCUCACGGAGCCUGCUCAAGCGCAGAAGGUAAGGGCCCUUGUUUUUCGCUCUGAAAUGCCUUAGGGGGCUGUAUCCUAUGCCAGUCCUACUCAGAGCAGACCCAUGGAACUCAACAGACAUGACUAACUUAGCUCCAUUGGUUUCAAUGGGCCUACUCAAUGAGUAGAUAUUUUAGUUGGAUGCAACCCUGUGCCCAGAAGGCUGGGAGAGGUGGGAGACAGGAUUGGUACCUUUCCGCUUCUGAUUCCCUUCUUUUGUUUCACUUCCUUCAAAAGUGAUAGUCCAGCCCCACUGUUGCAUUUGGGACCCCUGCUCCUCCUUCUGCUGCCCUGAUGGCGCCACUGUGCCGCUGAAGUUAGGGUUUCUGCAUAUGUCUUUCUUCUUGGUCACCCUGGGAAGGGGCCUGGUUGGGGUUGGGUUGAGCCCCAGAACCUCAAAUUUCCUAUCCUCUCCUUUUUUUAAAAAACAACAAAAACACCAAUACUCUAAAAAUGCUUGGACUAGGCUUUCUGCAACUUGGGUCUCCAGCUGUUUCCCCCAACUACAACUCCCAUCAUCCCUAGCUAACAGGACCAAGUGGUCAGGGCUGAUGGGAACUGUAGUCCAAAAAACAACAACUGGAGACACAAGUUUCGGAAACACUGGUUUAGACGGUGGCUGGAAGCAGCACUGGCAAGAUGCCAGCCACCCACAUCCACACCAAAUACAGCGGUACCUCGGGUUACAGACGCUUCAGGUUACAGACUCCACUAAUCCAGAAAAAGUACCUAGGGGUUAAGAACUUUGCUUCAGGAUGAGAACAGAAAUCGUGCGCCAGUGGCGUAGCGGCAGCGGAAAACCCCGUUAGCUAAAGUGGUACCUCAGGUUAAGAACAGUUUCAGGUUAAGAACGGACCUCCAGAACGAAUUAAGUUCUUAACUCGAGGUACCACUGUACACUAGGACACUGUGUUGAAGAGUCACGGCUUCCCCGCAAAGAGUCCUGGAAGCUGUGGUUUGUUAAGGAUGCUGAGAGUGGUUAGGAGACGCCCGCCCAGAGGUGCACUUCCCAAAGUGGUUUAACAGAUCCUGGGAACACUGCAACCGAGAUAUUGAAGAUUAUGCGGUGUAAGCCCAUUAGUCAAAAUGUUUGCAUUUCUAUGCAGGUAGAUGUAUAAUUCCUGCAGUGAACGUCUCAGUCAGACUGGUUUUGACUCAGCUCCCUGCCCUAGUCUGCUAACCAAAAGAGUCAUCAAAGUUGGUGGCCGGCACUCCUGCGGCAGCAUCUGGUCAUGGGAUGGCCACAGACUCAGAAACGUAGAAUUGUAGCAUUGGAAGGAACUGCAAGGAUCAUCUUAGCCCAGGGUUUCCCAAACUUGGGUCUCCAUCUAUUUUUGAACUACAACUCCCCAUCACCCCUGACCACUGGUCCUGCUAGCUAGGGAUGAUGGGAGCUGUAGUCCCAAGUCUGGGGUACCGUGAUCUAGUCCAGCCCCCUUGCAGUGCAGGAAUCUUUCGUCCAACGAGGAGCUUGAACCCACAACCCUGAGAUUGAGACUCUCGUGUUCUGCCGACUGAGCUAUUCCAACAGCUUGAACAGAGGAUUAGGCACAACCUUGGAAGAUAAGGCUGUUGAGACGUUGUUGUUGUUGUUGUUGUUAUCCUCCUCCUCCUCCUCAUCCUCUGGACGGCCACUGUGAGAGCAGGAUGCUGGCCAUAGGUGGACUUUGGCCUGAUCCACCAGUCCAUACUCUUCUUACAUCUUGUUAUUAAAUAUACCAAGAAAAUCACACCAAGAACUCAGGCCAAUGUAAGUUUCAAUAGUGGGAGUGGUUCCUACUUACAAGUCAAUAGUAACAAAAACUAAUCCAUUCAAAAGUACAGUGGUACCUCGGGUUACAUACACUUCAGGUUACAGACGCUUCAGGUUACAGACUCUGCUAACCCAGAAAUAUUACCUCGGGUUAAGAACUUUGCUUCAGGAUGAGAACAGAAAUUGCACUCCGGCAGUGCAGCGGCAGCAGGAGGCCCCAUUAGCUAAAGUGGUGCUUCAGGUUAAGAACAGUUUCAGGUUAAGAACGGACCUCCGGAACGAAUUAAGUACUUAACCCGAGGUACCGCUGUAUGUAUUCUGACAAGAAUUACAAACUCAAAUAGAGAUUACAAACUCACACUCAUAAACUCUAAUCCAUAAUUGACUUCUGACUUCUGCUCUAUGAUUGAAACUGAGUCUCCAUCUGCAAGCUGAUAAAUUAUAAGGAUCAACAUUAAUGUCAAUUGAAAAAGAGAAAAUAUUUGUAACGAAUUAUUGUGUUAUACAUAUCUUUGAGUUUGAGUUUGAGUUUGUAAUCUCUAUUUGAGUUUGUAAUUCUUGUCGGAAUACGUACUUUUGAAUGGAUUAGUUUUUGUUACUAUUGACUUGUGAGUAGGGACCACUCCCACUAUUGAAACUUACAUUGGCCUGAGUUCUUGGUGUGCUUACUUCUUACAUCUUGAGCACUGCCUCUUCUACUAAGAGAAGGGGCACUGCUCUCCCUUAGGGACAGUAGUAGUAAUAAUAAUAAUAAUAAUGUAUUAUUUAUACCCUGCCCAUCUGGCUGGGUUUCCCCAGCUGCUCUGGGAGGCUCCCAACAGAAUAUUAAAAGCACGAUAAAGACAUCAAACAUUAAAACUUCCCCAAACAGGGCUGCCUUCAGAAGAAGCUGCCUUUUAGCAAAGCAGACCAUUUUGCCUCUCUAACUCAGUAUCACCCACGCUGACAGGCAACAGCUCUCCAGGGCUUCAGGCAGGGGGUCUCUCCCAGAGAAUGCCAUUGGGGUUCUUGAACCUGGGACCUUCUGGGCUCAAGUCAGAUGCUGUGCCGCUGAGCCGUGUUCCCCCCUUUCGCCCUCCUUGCUCUGGACGCGGAUUGGGCCUGCCGAGGAGCCGCCCUCUUCUGAAGCCUCUCAAAGAAUGCCUCUCCUAGCCCCCCUCGCAGGAAAUUAGCUGCGUGCCGAGCCCGUCCAGCUGUGCGCUGGAGACCCUUGGCUGUGUCGGGGCCGUCGGGGUGACAGCCAGCUGAUGAGUAUGCAAGGCAGCCGCCUCCUCCGCUCGGCUGGCUCUUGCUUUUAAUUAAAGUUCCCUUCCCAAAGUAUGGAGGGAGGGCCUUCUGCUCUCUCCCACCCCCCUUCCAGCUUUUUAUCUUUCACCCAGACUUAAAAGCCUCCUGUCUCCUUGACAUCUCCCUGCUGCUUGCCUCUUGUGCCCAUCUCCGGAGCCUUACGCCGGCGGGGUCUGCUGGCGGGUGCUGAUUUAUUCAUUGGCGUGACACAUUUUCAUCAGGCUGCAGACUCUUUCCUUGUCAGUGACAUGGGCCGUGUUGCUAGACGCUUGUUGGGUGUGUUUCGCGGCAAAAAUAAGAAUGGUUUACUGUCAAGUAUAAGGAAGCCAUGGGACGCGGGUGGCGCUGUGGGUUAAACCACAGAGCCUAGGGCUUGGCGUGAGAAGGUCGGCGGUUCGAAUCCCCGCGACGGGGUGAGCUCCCGUUGCUCGGUCCCUGCUCCUGCCAACCUAGCAGUUCGAAAGCAUGUCAAAGUGCAAGUAGAUAAAUAGGUACCACUCCGGCGGGAAGGUAAACGGCGUUUCCGUGCGCUGCUCUGGUUCGCCAGAAGCGGCUUAGUCAUGCUGGCCACAUGACCCGGAAGCUGUGCGGUGGCUCCCUCGGCCAAUAAAGUGAGAUGAGCGCUGCAACCCCAGAGUCGGCCGGAACUGGACCUAACGGUCAGGGGCCCCUUUACCUUUAUAAGGAAGUCAUCUGAGUCGUCCUGCCCUGCAUUGCCACCCUGGUUCUGCUGCCACCCCAGGUCCCUUUCAGGAGGACAGAUUCCAAAAGGUGCCUUAGAUCAGGUUUUAAUUUGAUAGGCACCUCCCCUUCUUCCUAUGGGUCCUGCACCCUCCUUCAGCAUUCUGCAACCUGGUGUGCUUUAGGUGUUGUUCUGGACUACAACUGCUGGCUGGGGCUGAGGGAGCCAAAAGGCCUGGAGGGCACCAGGUUGGGGACAGCUGAAAUAAAUGCACAGCAUUUUCCUGUACCCUUCCAUCUUCCCCCUCUGCUGUGUUAUUAUAUCAGCUGUCUCAUUUGCAGUAUAUUAUAUGCCAAGCAUCUGGGGCCUUAAGAUUGGCAAGGGAGGCCCUGUGGGUGGCUGCGCCCGGCUGGCAUUGACAGGUCCUUCUUGGCACCUUCUCGCUGUUUGUGAAAUGCCUCCCAGGUUGGAACCAUGAACUGGAGCCCUUCAUGUUUUCAACAUUUUGUUGCAGGUGUAACGCUAUGAAUAUUGUAUGACAUCACAGUGAUAAGAAUUUGCCUGGGAUUGGGCUGGAAUGGAGUAUCCUGGGAAAGGGCGUAGCUGGUUGGAACCCUGAACUGGAGCACUCCACAUCACCAGCAUUUUGUCACACUUGUGAAUAUUGUAAUGUGGAUAAGAAACUUGUUUGGGCUUGUAAGUUAUCCUCCACCAGGGCCAGGGCCUUUUCACUGAUGGCUCCAACCUGGUGGAAUGCUCUGUCCCAUGAGACUAGGGCCCUUCAGGAUUUAACCUCCUUCUGUCGGGCCUGUAAGACACAGCUAUUCCGCCUGGCCUUUAAUUUGAAUUCAGCCUGAUCUUUUAUUUCCCUUCUCUCCCCCUCUCCCCUUUAUGAAGAUCACCCACUCUGAGACCCCACAGCUAAUUCUCCCCUGGCCUCCUCGCUGGCCCAAGAAGGACCAAUUCAGCCAGCUAGCCCUGGGGAUUAUCUAAUUGAUUUUUGAUUUUUAUUGUUAUUCAUGUUUUUAUACUGUAUUUUAUGCUGCUUUUAUAAUUAAGUGUUUUAAAUCUGUUGUUAGCUGCCUUGAGCCCGGUUUUUGAACCGGGAAGGGCAGGUUAUAAAUAUUUUAUUAUUAUUAUUGUUAUUAUUAUUAUUAUUAUUGUAAUGGAAUGGCACAUCCUGGGAAAGGGCUGACUGGCUAGCUGGCUGGGACCCUGAACAGGAGCACCGUUUUGUUGCAAGGGGCCAGAAUUUGAGCCAGGAUUCACCUGCAGAACGCCACUGCCUUUAUAUAGCCUUUUGCAGUUUUGGUGAUAAUAAGACACCCCAAACGGAGCACCUCUAGGAAAAGAAAUAGGAGGCCAAAAUCUUGGGGCCUCGGCACUAGCAUCUCUGUCCUUUCAAAACACGGGAGAUAAGAGCACCUUCAAACAUGGGCAGAGUGCUUUACCUAGCCCUGGAGGGACUGGACCCUUUUGCAGUGACAUCCCUUCCUCACCCUCGCCGCUGCCUUCCUCCUGCCCUCUGAAACGCCUUCUGUGAUCCCCGUUUUGUGGCUUCGGGAGAAUUUCCCGGGGCGCCAGGGCGCCUUGGCCCCAAUUUUACCACGCGACACCGGGUCAGGGGUUAUUUCACCCCUCCUGCUCGCCGGCCAAGUGCGCCUUUCAACAUUUGGAAAGCGCCAAAAGGCCGAGCCAGAGACCUCACCUGUUGCGAGCGUGAGGUUGCUGAGUGCUUUGCGAGUUCAAUCGAAAGGGCGCUUUCAGGGGCCUCAUUAGCCUCUCGGAGGGAGAACGCUGAGAGCAGAUCCCUCUUUGCCUCCGCGGCGUGACAUUUAGCAGCACAAAUUAACAUCCAUGCAGAAGUGAGUUAACAGAUGAUUUCCUGGUUCCUCUCUCCCCUUCCCUCCCUUCUGCCAACCUCACAGGGCAAGAGGGAACAGGCAAGAGAUCUCACCUCUCUUCCACCCCACCCAUCUUGCGUCUGAAUACCGUAAAACUUCGCAAGAAGCCUCACUAUUCAUUAUUAUUUUUAUUAUUAACUGGACUUGCUAGUUGCUUUUGAAAAAUGAAACGUAAACUCAUUUUACUAUAUACCACAAGCAUUAAAACCAGUAUAAAACUGAAACAAAACGAGAGCUCAAAACACGGAUGGAUGUAAAAAGGCUGUCCAAUAAACCCCACAAAGCAGUUGCAGUAUCUAAAACUCUCCCAAGAUAAAGGCCAAAAACCUGGCUGAAAAGUAGUGUUACUGCUGGGCUCCUGAAAGUAGCCAUUGAUGGCACCAGGCAAGCCUCCCUGGGGAGAGCAUUCCAAAGGCAGGGAGCCACCACCAAAAAGACCCUGUUCUCAUGUCAUCACACUCCAGACCUCCCAUAGAGAAGGACCUCGGAUGUUGGUUUCAGGGUCCGGGGUGGUGGGUCAUGAUCAGCUGAUCUGCUCCAAGUCCUCCCAAAUCUGAGCCUCUGAGCACUUUCCACCGCCUCCUUCCUCCCCCAAUCCCUCCACCGCGCCCCCCCAAACUUCUCCCGCACCGCCUGCACUCCCCAAGCUCUGCCUUUGGCUCCCGAAACGUUUGCACGGCCAUUCGCAGGCUCCUCUUCCGCAAGCAUCUCCUUGCCAGCUUUUGGCAGAUUGAGUCCCGGGGGUGGGGGGUUGUUCUCUUGGAACUUGACAAGCGAGCAAAAUUUGGACACGGGGAAUAUAUUCUCUGCUUGUACAUUUUGGACGAGCAGAGUCCCAGCUGAUUUACGACCGUCCGACACACUUGGCCGUACUAUUCGUGUAUGUUCUGCAUUAUGUGUCGCCUGGAAUUAUUUUCAUAUGUCAGAUGGUUGGGCUUGCGGUGCCAUAUAGAAACAGUGACCCCUUUCGCUGCUUUCUGGUUACUGAUGCGUAUAUAUGUCUAUUCCUUUCCUUUGGUCGCCAGUGGCGGGGAGCAGCUCACCCCCAAAGCAACCAGUGCUUUGGCUAUUCCCGAUGUACCACCUUGGCUUCAGGCACUGUCUCCUUCUGUUGUUAGAGCACGGAUGGAGAGCCUGUGGCCUCCCAGAGAUGUUGGUGGACUACAACUCUCGUCACCCCUGACCAAUUGGCCUUGCAGGCUGGGGAAAAUGGAAGUUGGAGUCAAACAGCACCUGGAUGGCGGCUACGGGUUCUUCAUCCCGGCUCUAGGUAAUAGAAUAUUACACCUCUAUAAGCGCAUUUCAUACGUGAUCCCUGAUUGUUUGGGAUGUGUGUCUGGAAUAGGGCUGGAGAACCCAUGACCCUCUGGAGGGCCUUGUGGACUGCAGUUCCCGUCAGCCCUGACCAUUGGCUGCACUGGCUGUGGCUGAUGGGAACUACAGUCCUGCUGGAGUCCGGCCAAUGGGAGCGAGAGUCCUGCUGUAAUCCGGCCAAUAGGAGCUAGAGUCCCGCUGGAGUCCGGUCAAUGGGAGCUGGAGUCCUGCUGGAGUAGAACCAAUGAGAGCUAGAGUCCCGCCGGAGUCCCGCCAAUGGAACUAGAGUCCCGCCAGAGUCCAACCAGUGGGAGCUAGAGUCCCACUGGAGUCCAGCCAAUGGGACUAGAGUCCCGCCGGAGCCCUGCCAAUGGGAGCUAGAGUCCCACUGGAGUCCCACCAAUGGGACUAGAGUCCUGCUGGAGUCCAACCAAUGGGAGCUAGAGUCCCGUUGGAGUCCAGCCAAUGGGAGCAGACCUUCUAAGAUGCUGUAGGGCUCCUGCAUGAUGAUGGUGAUCAGGGUAAUGUGAAUCAGCCUUCAAUGUGCCGAACCAGUUACCCGUUCAACCCAGAGCUGUUAACUGACCAGCAGCAUCUCUCCAGGGAACUGCACUUGGCCCCUGGGAUGGAGUCUCCCCACCCCUGUUUACAGAAUCUGUAUGCCAUCCACCACCCACCCCAGAGCAGUUUCUUUUUAAGUUAUAUGCUGUGACUGCACUCUGUUCAGCUGACACAUUCUCUCACCUCUCCCCUGCCCUCCUCCCUGGCCACAGUGUUACCGGGACCUGGUGCUGGUCAGCCGCGACGGGAUGAGUGCCGUGUUGAACAAGAUGAACCAGAUUCUGAUGGAGAAGUACCUGAAGCUGCAGGACACGUGCCGUACGCAGGUGGGCCAUGCGCUAUGCGCCGCGUCUUGCCUAUGCGCAUUUUCUUUUCUCUGUGUGCCUCCGUACUUUAAAGAACCGUGUGUGUGUGAAGCAGGAGCUGCGAUCAGCCCGCUGUUUGUCUCAAGCCCGGAGUGCAGUGCUGCCAAAGGCAUCUCUGUGCGGCAUUUUUAAUUCUGCAACCUGAAGACCCAGAUUCCGCAAUCGGCACCACAUCUGCAAAUCUGCAAGCUGGGUUUCAGGGGCAUAUGUAAUGCGGUCUGCAGUUGCGGGUACUUCCUCCCCCCGGCCCCUUGCUCCCAAGCCCCAGUGCCAGAAUUAAAAUUUUUAUAUGGAAAAGGUGCAUUGAGGCAUACGGGGAAAAUCAAGGGAAGUACGGUGCUGUAAGCUUGGGGGUGGGUCACGAAACACAAAUUUGUGGUAGGUGGGCUUGGUGGCUGUGUUUGUAAUCCAAACCUUCUACCCUGCUGCUAACCCCGGGAAUCCCCGCAUAGACACGAUUCUAUAACUUAAGUGGUGUUUGGGGUUCCCUCCGCAACCACAAGGACUAGAAACUUGCAGGAUGUUUUUUUUUUAAAAAAAAAUGAGAGAGCAGGGAAAAAUCCCGAUCGCGGGUUCUUCUGAAGGAACCAUAUUCUAUGAGCAGCGAGUUGUUAGGACCAUGCCAUCAUCUGGCUGGCGCAAAUGCUUGCAUGCCGUGCCUUUCUUCUGCCUGGACAAGGCGUCAAAGAGGCGGGAGAGGCUGGCUUUGUCCAUGUCGCUUGAAGGAGUCCUGAAUUCUCUUUUCUCCCACACUUUAGUUGGUUUGGCUGGUGCGGGAGAUAGUGCGGAGUGGGAUUCUAGGCAUCGAAGGCGUCUGCAUGACCUUCAUGAAGCAGAUUGCAGGUGAGUGCGUUGGGGGGGCAGUAUCGCUGGAGAAAAUAGCCCCAUAAAGCAUCCCAUAGGAGGUGGAGGAAGGCUGCGUUGAUGGCUGCUAGCCUGAGUGCCUUUUCUCUAUCAACCGUUCCUCAUAAGGAGGGCCAGAGUUACCGUAUUUUUCGCUCUAUAAGACGCACCAGACCAUAAGACGCACCUGGUUUUUGGAAGAGGAAAACAAGAAAAAAAUAUUCUGAAUCCCAGAAGAGCAGCCCUUCUCCCUCCACAAGGAAAAGCUCCCAAGAGCUCCACACGGCUCUUUAAAGGGAGUGUUGAACAGAGCCUCCCGCCUGCAUUCGCUCCAUAAUACGCACACACGUUUCCCCUUACUUUUUAGGAGGGGGAAAGUUCAUCUUAUAGAGCGAAAAAUACGGUAGGUUUGAUGAGGCCCUCGGCUACUGAAGGUAAUGGGGCCCUUUAUGUGUCCAGCUGUCCUUUGUCAACAACAAAUUGCCGCUGUUUUUUGCGUUGAAUAUAUGCUAUAUGGUAAUUUAUGGACCUCAUAGGUAUCUAAAGCCAUUCUCACAUAUCAAAAUACGUAUUUUAUCAAAGUAAUCGCUGAAGUGAAAUACAAUUAAGAAGAAGUAUCCAGGUUUUUUUCCCCUUUAAAUUUUUUGGGGGGCUCCAAGAGAGUGGGGCCCUAAGCUAUAGCUUGUUUAGCUUAUAUGUAAAUCCGGCACUGCUCUUAAGGCUUGGUUUCUCAUAAGGGAGCCAGUGUGGUGUAGUGGUUAAGAGCGGUGGACUCGUAGUCUGGUGAACCGGGUUCAUGUCUCCGCUCCUCCACAUGCAGCUGCUGGGUGACCUUGGGCCAGUCACACUUCUUUGAAGUCUCUCAGCCUCACUCAACUCACAGAGCGUUAGUUGUGGGGGAGGAAGGGAAAGGAGAAUGUUAGCCGCUUUGAGACUCCUUCGGGUAGUGAUAAAGCGGGAUAUCAAAUCCAAACUCUUCUUCUUCUUAGAUGGGCCGUUGGUCUGAUCCAGCAGGCUCUUGUGUUCUUAACAUCUAGAUGGUACCAGGUUGGGGAAGGCUGAUCUGCAGAUAUGUUAAGUGGAUAGUGUGUUGGAUAAGAACUUGGCAGACCUGUGUUCAAAUUCCUACUCAUCUCAUGAAUCUGAUUGUGUGAGGUCUUGGGCCCAUCUUACGAACUUUGGAAGAGCUUUCUGGAUCAUCUAGUGGCCAACAUCUCACUGCGUCCAACCAGAUGCCUGUAUAAAACCCAGGCACAAAGGCACUCCACUGUUUCUUAACCUAAACUCCCUUAAAGGAUUGUUGUGAAGAUAAAAGAGGAAGGGCAUAUACCACUUGGAGCUCCUUGAAGACCAGUUGCUGGAAGCUGCCGCAGGGGGAGAGCUCUUGGGGGCGUCCCAUUGUGGCAUCUGGUUGGCCACUGUGAAAACAGGAAGCUGGGCUAGAUGCAACCAAUAUUACUCUAAUUUCUUAAGGUGCCCAGUCCUCAUCAAGCAAUCAGGCCAUUCUGAGUAGCCUCCUGAGCAUCACUGCGCCCGACCCCGUCCCUAAGCUGUUAUUUUUGCUGCUGCCUGUGUCUAAUGAAGGGAGCAUAUUGUGGCAGUCAGUGUUUGCCUAUGGUAACACUGGCAUGUUCCAAAUGAACCGCCUGUCAUGUAGAGCUGAGGUGCCGAAGGUCCAGGUUGCCAACAGCUACAGGGCGAGCACUGGUUUAAUUGUGUACAGCCGCCUUAAACCGGAGCCAGGCAGGGCCAGGAGAGAGGGAGGGGUGGUUGAUGGCAGGAGGGUUGCCCUUUUCAGGUAACGAGGGACGAAAUGAGUUGCUCAAUUAGCAGCAAGGUAUAUUGGAGCAGCUCUCUCUAAGCGGGAUUGCAGUGGGCGCAGAGUUUCUUUAUUCCGCAUGUUUUGAUUACGCCCAAUUUAAAAAAUCCCUGGUGUGUUUAGGGUCAUUUUAUUUUAUUUUUGUAGAGAACAACCAUUACUCGGGAACAUUAUUCUGUAAUUAUAUAUCCUUUUAAAAAAGGAAGAGUUUGGUAAUGCAGCUGCCUUAAAUUGUUCAUGUGCCAUUGCAGAUAUAGAACGUUGUCAAAUUUAAUAAAACAGAUUUAUCCCUAAACCAUUUUUUAUGCAAUUAUGGGAUACCUGUUUUUGUUUUUAAAAGAUGCAAUAACUUUUCCAAUAACUCUUGGAAGAUUUCCUUUUCACUUUACAUUAAAGUGUGUGUAUUACGCACGUAGGAUUUAUCUUCCAUUUUUAAAGCUAUAAAGAAGUCUCGUCGCCAGAGAUGAGUUUGUAUAUAGCAGGACUGAGGAACCAGGGAGUCCUCCAGCUGUGGCUGGACUAUAACUCCCAUCAGCCCCAGCUUGCACGGCCUACGAUUAGGGAUGAUGGGACUUGUAGUUUGGCAGCAUCUGGAGGGUAACAGGUCCCCCACCCCUAUCCUGGUCACACCUCCCAGCCAAUCAGGGAUCUCUCAUUAAAUUGCAGUAAUAGGAUGCCUCUUGGCCAAACAGUCCUCAUCUCUCCGCCCCACCAGUUCCUUCCCUACCAAAUCAGGUAUGGUCUUGAUAGGGAUCUCGAGAACUUCUGGCACACUUUGGUGCCGGGCUGACAUCAGGAAUUUGCCGCAGUGGAAAAUCUGUCAUUUUGUUUUUUUAACCGCCUGCAUCUGCAAUGUGGAGUUGGGCCUGUAUGAGCUCAGAGCUUGCCAGCUCCCGUCCCCCUCGCCCGAAGGACAGGCUCUAAAAGCUAUUUGGUUGGGGGGGGGCAGGAAGGACAAAACCAUAGUGGACCAGCAAACUACUGUCUUUCUCCUUUGUUUGGCACCCGUGCCAAGUGUUUGCAGACUUCUAACUUACGGGAAACUUCUUUUCCUAAGGUACCUCUGCCGCCCCCUCACCCUGAUAAGGUUUUUUCUUCUUCUUUUUACGAGGAUUCGGUUGCCAUGACUACAUCUUUUGAGGCCCCCCCCCCACUCCCCUUCUCAAGGACAGGCAUCCAAGAAUGGCUCAGCCUGACUUUUUAAAGAGUACUCUGGUGGAGAAAGGAAUUUGCCCCGCAAUCGCUCACAGCAACCAGGAAUUUACAAGCCUCGGGGGUCUUUGUUAGCUAGCUUGCAUGACAGCCUUACCUUGGGUGCCCCUAGUCUAGAGUUGGGGGGCCCCUGCGGCCCUCCAGAUCUUACUGGACUCCAUCAUCCCUAGCCGUUACCUGUGCCAGGGGUGGGGUGGGGGUCUGAUGGAAAUUGGAGCCCAAUAACGCCUGGUGCGGGAUGCGGGUGGCGCUGUGGGUUAAACCACAGAACCUAGGACUUGCUGAUCAGAAGGUUGGCGGUUCGAAUCCCCACGACGGGGUGAGCUCCCGUUGCUCGGUCCCUGCUCCUGCCAACCUAGCAGUUCAAAAGCACGUCAAAGUGCAAGUAGAUAAAUAGGUACCACUUCAGCGGGAAGGUAAAUGGCGUUUCCGUGCACUGCUCUGGUUCGCCAGAAGCGGCUUAGUCAUGCUGGCCACAUGACCCGGAAGCUGUACGCCGGCUCCCUCGGCCAAUAAAGCAAGAUGAGUGCCGCAACCCCAGAGUCAGUCACGACUGGACCUAAUGGUCAGGGGUCCCUUUACCUUUACCUUUAACACCUGGUGGGGGAGCUGAGUUAGGGGAGGGUGCCCUGGCCAAAUAGCCCUCCUUGCUGUCUUCUGGCUGGCAUCACGGGUGGAGAAAGCCCUGCUUGUUGUGCUCAGGCCUUGCUUUCAAAGGUCAAAAUUGGGUGUAAAUAUCCCUUCCACUGAGCAUCUCUCACUCCUCCAUUUGGCAGGCCGAGAUGACCUUUUGCUUGCUCCCCAAUUUUGGCCUCACUGAGUCAGGCCGCUGUGAUUUAAUUUGGGUCCCUCAGCGCUGCAUCAAUAAUCAAUACCAGCUGCUGGAAGCCGCAGGAGGGGAGAGCUCUCUUGUACUUGGGUCCUGCCCUGAUUGGUUUCCCUAAUGGGCCAUUGGCCUAAUCUUGGUGUUUGCAGUCAAAUUUAUGGGGGAGAAGGCGGUCAGUGGCUACUGGCUCUUCCUCCACGUUUGAAGGUAGUAAAUGCGUCUGAAUAAAAUCAUAGAGUUGGAAGGGACCCUGAGGGUCAUCUAAGUCCAACCCCCUGCAAUGCCAGAAUAUGCAGCUGUCCCAUGCAGGGGUCAAACCUACAACCUUGGCGUUAAUCAGCACCACGCUCUAAUCAACUGAGCUGGAAACUGCUGGUGUGCUUCUGUUGCUCUUACAGAAGAGGUACCUGGCUGGCCGCUGCGAGAACAGGCAGGCCAUUGGCCUGAUCCUGCAGGCUCUUUUUACAUCCUUAUGGAUUACAGGGAGGGAGGGCUCUUGUCUUCACACCCUGCCUGUUCACCUCCUAGAGGAAUCUUGAGUGGCUGGUGUCAAAGGCUUUUGACCUGAUCUGGAACGGUUCUUCCAAUGUCAGUUUGAUCAUUGGUUUCCAGAAAGUACCUGAGCUAUCCCAUUGAGCAAAGGAGGACGGGGUUCUCCUAGGUUGGGUGGGUAUGUCGGUGUACAGGGCAAAAACAACAGCAACAAAAAGUUUGAUUAGCUGAAAGGUAUCAAGGGGCAGUUUGGUGCAAACCCGAUGCGGGAGGAAAGUGCAAUCCACAGUCUGAACCGGCUUCCUCCCAACCUUCUGGUCACCUGUUUGUCUCCUUGCAGGCGGAGACGUAACGGCAAAGAAUAUCUGGUUGGCGGAGAACAUCCUCGAUAUGCUAACUGAGCAGAGGUAUGUAUGCCUGGUUAGUCGGCCAUCUCUGGCAGCCAGGGGUCAUUGCCUGCUCACAAUGGAGCAAACGGAUGGUGCUUGCCUAGACUUGCUCCGAAGGCUUGUUCAGGUGGAUUGCCUGGCUAGUAGCUUUGUUUUGCCUUUCAAGGGUUGGGCUCAGCUGUGUCUGACCUUGUCCAGUGUGGACUCUGAAGUUCGUUUUCACGCUACUGAGCCUUGCCAGGGCUGAUCAGUCCUGACUUUCCCUGUGACCAAGAUGAAGAGAGCCCCGAAGCAGCCCUGCAUAGAGACCGCGCAAUUAAUGGGGCAUGGCUUUCUGCUGGGCCUUAUUGCCAGGAGCGAGGAAUAUUUAUUGCCUUGGUACGAACCCGGCCACCUUCUCCAGACACCCGCUUCAACAUGCUUGAGUCACCGAGGCUGAUCUGACUUUGUUUACACCGAGUCUCGGUUGCCCACGCCGUUCCUUUUCUGCAGCCCCUUUUUCUUUGCACGGAUGCAUCCCGAGUGCACCUGUCAUAAUAUUUCAAUGCGCGGUUCCCUCUCUUAGGAUGGCAUGUGUAGUAGCUGCAAUGUCUCUUUGAAAUUGCUUAUUGCUGUGGUGAACAAUCAAGUUGUUAAAGCGUUUUACUUCGCGGGGGACGGACGGACACAUAAAGAGUUUUUCAAGUGUGUUUAUUUCCCUUUGACAAGGAAGAGUUUGAUUCCAGCUGCGUUGCCCCACAGUGCCAUCUAGUGCGCUCUUCGGAGAGCGAGCACGUUUUCCGUGGCUGGAAGAGCCAGGGGGCUGUAAAUCAUUGCUUUCUGCCUGCUGGUUCUUGCCUAGACAGUCUUUACCUAGUAGUUCGUCUUGUUUGUCUUCUGCAAUGCCUUACCUGACACAGAUUCCUGACAACCCUCAUCUUAGGCUUAACACACACAGGGUCAAGUUUCUAGUCCACUUGAAGGCUUCCCUCUCCUUCCUUGGUCUUUGAGUGUGAUGUUCCAUGCCAAAAGAAGUCCAAAUUCUGUGCUCAGAGGAACUUUGCACUUGCAACAGUCUCUCCUGCCUCCCAUUUGUUGGGCACAUUUGGAAUUUAUGUUGGCAAGGAGGAAAGAGGAAUGGGCUGUAGCAAAACUCUGGGCAAGAUUGUGUUUUUUGGCCUGUGACUGCCUAGUGGCAUCUCGCAUACAGAGUCGGGCACCCCGAGUGGUCCAGCAGUUAACUAUGGAAAAGCAAGUGCUUAGCCCUUACGAUGGUAGAGUUGGUGGACUUUUGGUCUGACCGAACAGGAGUCUUCUUAUCUCCUUAUGAGAGAAGUUUUGAAGAUUUAGCAGGAGGACCUGUGGCUUCCAAAGGGCUGCUGCCGGUCAGUGUGGACAAUACUGGGUUCGAUAGGAACACACAAUGCUGCUGUUUGUCUUGGAGAUGAAAUACAGGGAGCCGUACAGAUGGCUGGGAUGCCAUCUUCAUCGCUCUUGAAAGAGAAUUGGACAAAUCCAUGGAGGGGGCUGAGACUGUCAGUGGCUGCUGGCCACAAUGGCUGUGUUCUCCACUGUCAGAGGCAAUAUGCCUCUGAACACUAGUUGCUGGGAAUCACAAGGGGGUGUGGCCUGGGGAAAGGGGGUCUGGCUAAGGAGGGCGUGAAGCAAGGCCAGCCAGGGGCGUGGCUUGGGGAGAGUUGCUGCAUUUGCACCCCUCACCUGAGAGCCUGGGAUUCCCCAGCCCUGCCUUAAAGAACGUCACCUUCCCAGUUUCUCCUGCGGCUUGAACUGGGCUGUGGGGGAUUGAUAGGGGGAGAGCCUGGGACAUUCCAAGGAGGGGAAGGCUACUCCUCAAAAGCUUAAUUCCCCCCACAUGGGGGGCUUUGUGCCACAGCAGAAAAGGCCCUACCCAAAGUCCCAGGGCCUCAUUGGCAGUGUUGCUCAGGGGUUGACGACGAACGAGGAAACAGGCCCAUUGCCCCAGGGGCACUGUUUCUCAAACUUGGGUCCACAGCUGUUGUUGGACUCCCACCAUCCAUAGCUAGCAGGACCAGUGGUCAGGGAUAAUGGGAGUUGUAGUCCAACAACAGCCUGGAAGCUGAGAAGCACUGCUCUAGGGGGUGGUUCCUGGCCUGGGAAUUUCGAGGAUUGAGGAGAAAACUCAACUGAGGUCGGCAGAAUGGAAAGCAAGGUUUUAAUUAAGCGGCAUAGUUGUUGUUUUUUAAUGUGAAACCAAAAGCUUCCCGCUUUGGCUGCUUUAAUUGGCAGCAGAAGGUGUUGUUGCUCAAGCAUCCGGAUCAGGGGGUGAGCCAAGCCCACCACGUCAUGCGUUGGCCCUUUCUGGCACUCGGUGGCGUAACGAGCCCCGAGCUGCCUCUGGAGCACCCUCAAACCUUUCCUCUGCGUCAUCUGCCAGAUCAAUUACUCCCGAGCUCGGGCUGGAGGGCAGCGCCAUGCACAGACCCCCUGACAUUGGCUGCCCCCUCCUUUGCCACUCCUGCCCUUUCGCUGCUGCUGUUGUGCUGCACAUCCAAUAAAUAGAUCGGAAGCCCUUUUGCUCCGCAAAGACCUUCCUCUUUGAGAUCUUUUGAAAAGCAUAACUAAAACAGAUCUCUGCUUAGUAGCCGUGCUAGGGUCAGGAUGAGGUAUGUUUGUGGGGGCAGGAUAAUCUGACCAUGUUGUUGUUUAGUCGUUUAGUCGUGUCCGACUCUUUGUGACCCCCUGGACCAGAGCACGCCAGGCACUCCUGUCUUCCACUGCCUCCCGCAGUUUGGUCAAACUCAUGCUGGUAGCUUGGAGAACACUGUCCGACCAUAUCGUCCUCUGUCGUCCCAUUCUCCUUGUGCCCUCCAUCCUUCCCAACAUUAGAGUCUUCUCUUCUCAUGAGGUGGCCAAAGUAUUGGAGCCUCAGCUUCAGGAUCUGUCCUUCCAGUGAGCGCUCAGGGCUGAUUUCCUUACGAAUGCAUCGGUUUGAUCUUCUUGCAGAUCUGACCAUGGAGGGCAUCAAAGCCUCCCCUCUCCCUCCACCCCCCAGUCUGAAAUCUUAAUUCAGGCUUCCUCCCAGGUUCUUCAGAUUUGCCACCUUCAGCAACCAAAUACCUGUUGCUGGAAACUGCAGGAGGGGAAGAGGGCUCUUGUGAUCGGAUCCUGCUUGCGGGUUUUUUGCAGGCAUUCGCUUGGCCUCUGUCAAAACAGGACGCUGGGCAAAAUGAUCCUGCAGAGCUCUUUUUAUAUUAGUUCAGAAGAGAACCUCCAUGUCCUAAGGCAGUCUGCCUCUCAAUGCUAGAUACUGGAGACAAACAACAGGGCUCUUGCCUGGGGGCCUUCCUGGGAGAAUCUGACGGGCCGCUGUGAGAACAGGGUGCCGGGCCUGAUCCCGCGGGGCUACUUGUACAUGUUCUCAACGCCCACACUGGUUCUGAGCGGUCGGGAGGGCCGGCGUUUGCGCCGGGUUGUGGCGUGGAACUAAAUGCUCCCUUCUUUGCAGGGAGUGGGUUCUGAAAAGCGCCAUGCUGAUUGCCAUGUCCGUGUACACCUACCUCCGCCUGAUCGUUGACCACCAUGGCUCGCCUCCCCUGCACGCCCUGAGGCAGAAGGAGGUGGAAUUCUGCAUCUCCCUGCUCCGCGACCGGGUAAGGGAAUCUGGGAGGUGUUUAGCUGCCUGAAGGUGUGUGGGCGGGUGCCAUCUCUCAGAGGAAGGCACUUGAGGGACAAGUGACAGCCGCUUUCCAGACAGCCUCCUUUGUCGCUGCAGACACACUCGGCCCCCACUCUCCUUGUCUUCUCUGUGGGGGCCGACUUUGAAACAACGCAGCCCAUUGUGAUUCCCGCCCGGAUGAGCUUCUCUCUUCGCGUUUUGUGCCUUUGCUGCUUGUUCCUCUUAAGGAACUGAAAGCCCAACCAAUCAGGGAUCACACAUUAAAACGCACUUAACAGAAGAGUGAAGGGACGUGGGUGGCACUGUGGGUUAAACCAUAGAGCCCAGGACUUGCCGAUCAGAAGGUCGGCGGUUCGAAUUCCCGCGACGGGGUGAGCUCCCGUUGCUCGGUCCCUGCUCCUGCCAACCUAGCAGUUUGAAAGCACGUCAAAGUGCAAGUAGAUAAAUAGGUACCGCUCCAGUGGGAAUGUAAACGGUGUUUCCGUGCGCUGCUCUGGUUCGCCAGAAGCGGCUUAGUCAUGCUGGCCACAUGACCCGGAAGCCAUAUGCCGGCUCCCUCGGCCAAUAAAGCGAGAUGAGCGCCGCAACCCCAGAGUCGGCCACGACUGGACCUAAUGGUCAGGGGUCCCUUUACCUAACAGAAGAGAAUUGCAGCCCUUCAAAUCUUGCGGGCCUUCAACACCAAGCAGCCCUGGCCAGCAUAGCCGAUGGUCAGGGGUGAUGGGAUUUGGAGUCGAGCGACAUCUGAAGGGCCACAGGUUCCCCAUCCUAGUCCAAACCCCUGCCCGCAGUGUCACAGGCGACCGAGUACAACAAGAUCCCCGUUGAGCUCUGGUUCCAGCAACAUCUGGAGGGGCCGCAGGUUGCCCACCCUUGUUUUUACACCCCUUGCAGGAAAGUCAAGGGGGGAGGAGUAGUUUCAUGUUUUGCUGUAGAGUUGUGGGGCAGCUGCAGGAAAGGCCCUGCAGUGGGGGAGAGCAAGUUAUGCUCACAAAUUGCCAGAAGCAAAGCCAGGAAUCUGAUCUGACUCUCCAGUGCUGCUAGCGAUAAUAGUAGUGUUCAUGAUUGCACCCCUGUUGCUGGCGGCCAUUGAAUGCAGUUGCACCCCUGUUGCUGGCAGCCAUGGAUCCCGAUCACCGUUUGCGAUGGUGUUGACGGCCAGAGUUAGAAAAGACUCAGCCUUGGCCAUUGAGCUUUGAGAAGUCCACCUUUUGAGUCUCCCUCCCAGGUCGUGAUCGAGGGUCAGGCUCAGAAUUUAUAGCGCUGCCUGUUUGUUUGUACAACAGCAACCAUUUCUUUUUUUAAAUUUAUUUUAUCUUUUUAAUGCGGCAGCUGACCUUGCUUGUCACCCUGCCUCUUCGGAACCUGCUAUCUUCAAAGGGGGGAAGACCAUCUGCCCGAGGAAAGGCCUUUUCAGCCGACGGGUGGGAUGAAUCAUCCCCUUUUUGGGGCUUUGCCAGGGUUUUAGGAACUGAAUGUUCCCCAAAGCGCACACUCUGUCCGUAUCCCUGUGCCUGAGAACAAUAAUGACUCCCCCCCCUUCUCCUCCCUCUUCCUUCCUACCCCAAGUUUAUGGAUUGCCUUAUGAUUGGCCGAGAUCUGGUGAGGCUUCUGCAGAACGUUGCUAGGAUACCCGAGUUUGAACAGCUCUGGAAGGACAUUAUCCACAACCCACAGGUGCUGAGCCCCCAGUUCACAGGUAGGUGAUGAAGUUCCGGAACGUUAUGGACUAGCUCCUUCCAGAGGCUGAGUGCUUUUUUAAAUUUCCCUGUUAUUUGUCAACAGUGAGUUGAAUCCAAUGUCAGUCCUGCUCGUGGUAGUCCCUUUGAAAUAGAUGAGCAUGACUAGCUCAGGUCUGGUGGGUCUACUCUUGAGUAGAACAUAGUUGGGUCCAACCCGGUGUAUCUGUGCCGAUCCAUAACCAAAGUUCUCUGCUGCCCCCUGUGCCUUGUUCUGGAAAAGGAGCCCCUUCUAGUUUUGAGGGGUUAGCAAAUUUAUGUAUUUGUUUCACGAAAUUUAUGUACCAUUUGAUUGUAAGGGGGGGACGACAACCCUCAAAGAGGUUUUGAAAAAGAGUAAGGAGGAAGGGACGCGGGUGGCGCUGUGGGUUAAACCACAGAGCCUAGGACUUGCCGAUCAGAAGGUUGGGGGUUCGAAUCCCCACGACGGGGUGAGCUCCCAUUGCUCGGUCCCUAAUCCUGCCAACCUAGCAGUUCGAAAGCACGUCAAAGUGCAAGUAGAUAAAUAGGUACCGCUCUGGUGGGAAGGUAAACGGCGUUUCCGUGCGCUGUUCUGGUUCGCCAGAAGCGGUUUAGUCAUGCUGGCCACAUGACCCGGAAGCUGUAUGCCGGCUCCCUCGGCCAGUAAAGCGAGAUGAGCGCCGCAACCCCAGAGUCAUCUGCAACUGGACCUAAAGGUCAGGGGCCCCUUUAUCUUUAAGGAGGAAGAAGCUGACAGGCAGUGCCACCCCCUGGAGAAUUACAGAAAUGUAGAGUUGAAAGGGAACCAAAAUGUCAUCUGGUCCAACCCCCCCUCACCCCCCCUCAAUGCAGAAAUCAACAGCUGAAGGAUCCCUGCCUCCAGGAUGGGAGCUGGCAGUGAGGCCUAGUGGGUUGGCCUCAACUGGGCAGGGGACAUACAGCUUUUUGGUCUGGCAGAUCAGAGUUCGGUGCAUCUUUGCUGCGCUUCGAAGAUUCCUCCACCCGAGAGAGAAGGCAAUUUAGGCUGCUCCUCCCUUUCGCCUCCUGUGGCUCAGCGCCCCAAGGGCCGUCAGUUACCUCUAGCAACCAUCCGCCCCUGGCUGCCUUUCGGCCUGAUUCCAGGCAAAUUAAGAUGCAAAGCCCUUAGCAGCACUCUCUGAAUUGCGCCUCUGGGGGGCUUCUUCGAAGGGCCAUAUUCAAGACAUUCUAGAAGGGGUUGACCCGUGGGAGAUCUCACGCCACGUUCCUCCCGACGGGUGGUUUUUGUUUCUUUCCCCACGGGAAGCGCUUUAACUAAGCAAGUUUUUAAAGGGGAGGCGGCUGUCCUUCAUCCAAGGAGCUCCUUCCCACAUGGCCCUCUGUCGACAAGUGGAAUGGUUUCAAUACCACCGGUUCGGCUUUGAAGCACGCAGAACUUUCCCCUGCUCUUGACAGCCCUCCCGAUGGGGUGGCAGGCCCACGUCAAGUCUUGAACGAAACACGGUGCUCCCUUGGACCGGGAGAACUGGGUUUGCAGAUUUUGACCCUAACGUGUCGGCUUGGGUCAACUCCCACUGUUUAUGUAUUGAGCCGGGUGGGAAACGGAGGCGAGCAAAAGACCCUCGUACGAAGGCAAGCGAGGAGGAGAAAGCCAUGCAUAAAACGAUGCACACUGAGGAGAAAGCGGAUAAGGAUAGAUUUUUCUUCCUUGCCAUCACUGGGAUCCAUUGGGGUCAUCCAAGGAAACUGGUGGAAGAUUCAGGGUAGACGAAAGGAAUAACAAUAAUAAUAAAUUUUAUUUAUACCCCGCCCUCCCCAGCCAAGACCGGGCUCAGGGUGGCUAACAACCAAUAAUAAAAACAAGUUGAUUAAAAUACAAUUUAAAAAGCAAGAUUAAAAUACAACAUUAAAGCAUUAGGAUGCAGCCUCUUCACAAGAGGAGAAAGGAAAAAGAAAGAGGGGGAGGGAAUCAAACUGAUUCUAAGCCAAAGGCCAGGUGGAACAACUCUGUCUUACAGGAAAGCGUUGGCACAAAGUUAAACUGUGGAAUUUGCAACGUUAAACCUGGUUUAGUGAUGGCCACCGAUUUUGAUGUCUUUAAAAGACAAAGCUCAUGGAGGAUGAAGCGAUCGAUGGCUGCUAGACAUGAUGACUAUAGUGGAACUGUUGGGGGCCUCUGAAGACCAGAGUGGCUGGCCACUGGAAACAAGAGGCUGGCUGGAUCAGCCUUUGGCCUGAUCCUGCAGGGCUCUUCUUAUGAGCUUAUGACCUGUGUUCUGGGGCUGAUCCUUGCGUGUAAAGAUGCGUCCCUCGCUGUACGAGACACCUGCUGAUUUAGUAGCUUUUGUGGCUGGCAGUGUGCCUUAAAUCUAAUUUUCCUUUUCUUUCUUUCUCUCCCCACUCCCCCUUCCUGCCUUCCCCAACACAGGCGUUUUGCAACUCUUACAGUCUCGGACUUCGCGCAAGUUCCUGGCUUGCCGCCUCACGCCCGACAUGGAGACCAAGCUGCUCUUCAUGACCUCCCGGGUAACACCUUUUUUUGUUGUUGGUUGCACUUUUGGGUAUGCAAGCCUCCCGAAACAGUUUACAACAACCCAUUAUUAUUAAUAUUUAACACUUACAGAGCAGGGGAAGAUCUCAAAAGGGCACCGUAGCACCUGUCAACCCCUGGCCUUAUGUGGUUACCACGAAUUCCAUCCCCUCUUAUUUCCCUUCCCAUCUUCACCCCAACUGAGUUCAUGCAACUUGAUGCUUAUAGGACAGCCACUACAGAGCAGUAUAGCUCAGUUCUGGAGGACCUCCUUUGCAAACAGAGAGUCUCAGAUUCAAAUCCCUGGCAUCAGUGGUUAAAAGUGGCUUAGGCAGCAGGCGAGGUGGAAGCCAGUCAGAGUAGACAAAUAGUAGGCUAAACGGACUAAUGGUCUGAGUCAGUAUAUGGCAGCUUCCUAAAGGCUCCUAGUCAUCUGCAUCCCCAUCUACAGACAACAAAGGCAGUUCUGCUGUCGCUUUCACACCGACCAACCAAAAAUGGUUGUUUCCAAGCACUACAGAGAAUAAAACAGUGCCGGACAUACACUGUUUUUUCAAUGGAAUGGCUGCAAAAUUCCAUUUUCCAAUAGGCUGUGUGUGGGUUGCUUUUCUAAAUCAGAUUCAAACUUUGUGCAAGUUUCUAGCCUUCAUGGCUGGAAACUAUUCAUGAAAUCGUGUGGGUUAUGCCUGGUGAAAAGAAAAACCAGGAAAUGUAGAAGGAUGCCUGAAUUAAGAGUUCAGGUGUUGAUGGGCCCCAAUAGCAUGGCACCUUCCAACCUCCCUCUCUCCCUCGUCUCCCUCCAGGUGCGCUUUGGCCAGCAGAAGCGCUACCAAGACUGGUUCCAGCGGCAGUACCUCUCCACCCCGGACAGCCAGUCCCUGCGCUGUGACCUCAUCCGCUACAUCUGCGGGGUGGUCCACCCGUCCAACGAGGUGCUGAGCUCCGACAUCCUCCCUCGCUGGGCCAUCAUUGGCUGGCUGCUCACCACCUGCACGGUAAGGCGGCUCACUGGGACGAGAGCGCAGGCAACACCGGAGGGUUUCCUCCCAGGUUUUGCAGGCAGAGCUCUGUCGAACCGGAAGAGCUGCGUGUGGGUGUUUGUGAACAUUCUGCAUCACCCAGAGAGCACCUGUCGGCUGCCUUGCUGUCCCCAGCAUCCUGUUCCCACAGUGGCCGCCCAGGUAGCCCCAGUGGGAAACCCUCAAGCCACCAACGUAGACGUCUCCGAAAGACGAUUAGACAAAUUCGUGGAUGGAAGGGCUAUUGAUGACUAUGGACUAUGCUCUGCCUUCCACAGUUGGAGCCAACAGCUCUUCUGAAUACCAGUUGCUGGAAACCACAGGUGGAAAGAGCUGCUCUUAAGCUUGAAUCUUGCUUGCAUGUUUCCCAUCGCACCAUCCACUUGGCCACUGUGAGAACAGGACGCUGGACUAGAUGGGUCCUUUUGGGCCUGAUCCUGCAAGGCUGGCUUCCCCCAGCCAUUCUGGGAUACUUCCAACACAUAUAAAAACAGACUAAAACCCCAGACAUUAAAAACUUCCUGAUACAGAGCUGCCUUCAGAUGUCUUCUAAAAGUUGUGUACGUAUUUAUUUCCUGGACAUCUGAUGGGAGGGCGUUCCAAAGGGAGGGUGCCACUACCAAGAAGACCCUCUGCCUGGUUCACUGUAACCUCACUUCUCGCAGUGAGGGAACCGCCAGAAGGCCCUCAGAGCCUUCUGAACGGUGGGGGUGGAGACGCUCCUUCAGGUAUACAGGGCCGAGGCCAUUGGUAGCCUUAACAAUGGCAAGAAUAGACCUAGCGCUACUCACAGUAGACCCAUUGAAAUUAAUGGACCUGCUUAGCUUAGGCCUAUUAAAUUUAAUGGGCCUACUCUGAUUAAAAUGUGAUUAGCUACAAUCCAACACCGUUAUUUUUUCUAAAACAACAUACAUUACUCGGACACCACCCCUCCUAGCUUUUCUACAGAAUCUCAUUCCUCAAGGCGCUCUGGCCGUGAUGCCCCAGGAAACGUUUCUGGAUCCUGCUACUCGUUUCUGUAAUCGCCCUGUUCUUUUAAAGUGAGGUUUGUGUCUGGGAAGCCAAGAACAACACCGUCGAGACCAGCUGCUGCAAAAAAUAAUAAUAAUGUGGUGAUAAUAAUCUCAGCAAUAAUAGAUUUCCAAGAAAUUCAAGAGCGGGUAUUUUUAGCUCUCCAAAUCCAACCGGUGUUAUUUAUUUGCUUUAACGCAGCAGAGAUGUCUAACCUGGGCCUAGCAGCUUACAAGGGCUGCAUUGAUACCUGCGAUGGGAUCCAGCUACAAAUGCAUCUCUGCCCUCACCUGAACGAGCCAGUUUCCAUUCAGGGUACACCAGGAAAGCCUUCCUGGAUCAGGCCAGGCCCAUCUAGUCCAGCGUCCUGUUCUCACCGCAGCAAGCCAAGUGCCCAGAUGCAGUAUUUUCCAGUUUUGGGUUAAACCACAGAGCCUAGGACUUGCCGAUCAGAAGGUCGGCGGUUCGAUUCCCCGCGACGGUGUGAGCUCCCGUUGCUCGGUCCCUGCUCCUUCCAACCUAGCAGUUCAAAAGCACGUCAAAGUGCAAGUAGAUAAAUAGGUACCACUCCGGCGGGAAGGUUUCUGUGCGCUGCUGUGGUUCGCCAGAAGCGGCUUAGUCAUGCUGGCCACAUGACCCAGAAGCUGUAUGCCGGCUCCCUCGGCCAAUAAAGCGAGAUGAGCGCCGCAACCCCAGAGUCGAUCACGACUGGACCUAAUGGUCAGGGGUCCCUUUACCUUUACCUAGAUGCUGUGGACCCCCCUACUUUUGAAAACGUUGGUAUCUCUGCGGUAGUUUUCGUUACGUCGACGGUGCCGCCGUACCCUUCAACAUGUCCCAGAGCAAAACCGGGACAUGCGUCUUCUGGGCCUUGCUCUCGCACAAGUCACGUGACCCGCACGAGAGCACAGUGCAUUUGGGGGCCCCACGAUCUCUCAUGUUUUUUGGGAGCUCCCCAAAAACAGGAUGUCCCAGACAGUUGAUGGGUGUGUGUUGCCCCUGUGGUCUGUGGACCACCAGUUCAAAAGCACUGCCCCUAGUGGGAAGCUCACCAGCGGAAUUGAACGCAAGGAUGCCUUUCCUUUCAGUGGUUUCCCGCAACCGGCAUUCAUGGCCACAACACCGCCUCUGGCAGUGGAGAUAGAAGAUAGCCAUUGUGGCCUGUAGCCAUUGGCAGCGUUGCCCUCCAUGAAGCCAUCCGAGUUGGUAGCCAUCUCCGCCUCCUGCGGGCGGGGGGGGGGAGAGAUGUGGCCAUCACCUGGUUCUGCCGGUGGCAGAUCUGUUGUCCUCCCCCCUCGUUCGCUCGCUCUCACACACGCACACAUUAACAUUCCCAGCCCCUCUGACUCUGCCGCUUAAUUGCCACUGGCUUCCCAGCUAAUUAAGGUCUGCAGCCUGGCUUGACUCUCUGACAACGCAGACCACAUUUCAUUUGCCUGAUGGUUAUUGGAAGGGAUGGAGGCGAGGCAGCUAAUGAACAAAGGGAAUUAAAAGCUGGGGCUUUGGAACGGCCUCUCUGAACAAGUUUGGCAGGGCGCUGCUUCUAGGGGAGAGGCGAAGACCGCCCAGAGUGGCAUGGCACAACCACUCAGAUGGGCAGGGUACAAAUAAUAAAAUUAUUAUUAAGGCUUUUUUUCUGGAACCCACCUUGGAAACCUUUAGAGCUGCGGGGGGUUCGUAGAAGGAAGGGAAGGGUCUUGUUUUCCCUGCAUAAGGCAUUUCCUCGUUUCCUUAACGGGAGGCUAGAUAUCCCUAAUAAACUGCCUUUCUCUUGGGUGGGUUUCCUGCUAUGUUUAUGAGCAGGUUGCCAUUUCUGAGGCUUUGAAAUAAGGUUCCCCUCUUCCAAAUCAAAUCAAAUUGGCUGCCGACUCUGGCUGCAACCUCUCGACCUCAGCCACUCUCUCGAGUCACUUGAUGACAAUUUAGCCGCAGAAAGCUCACACUCUCCGCUCUUGCAGUCGUCCUGGUCGAGGACACUGCCCCUCUGCUCUGGAUUGCAAUCGCAGGCCGUUUGAGCAGAGUGCACUUUUGGCAGCCCCGCUGGAGGGGAGCUUGCCGAUAUUCCCUCGGAAGUCCAGGGGUCAAGCCACUGAGCUGCCUGGAAGGGGCUCCAUGGCUCCAUCUGUGGGGCGUUGCAUGACCUUAGAAGGCUCUUAACGAUUGGGGACCAGAAAGCCACAAGGGUCGGUUAACCCCUCAUGUCCCCAGCCGAUCUCUGAGGUCGGGUCGUCGUUAUUGGUCCCGUACAUGGCUCUGAUCUGCUGUGUGUUUAGUAUUAUGGGACCCCUUUGAUGAAACUCCCUUCUAGCUUAGGUCAGGCAGGUCCUCUCUCUCUGCUGAACUUCUGGCGCCUACCAAAGACUUUAAAAUUCUUGGUACAGUGGUACCUCGGGUUAAGUACUUAAUUUGUUCUGGAGGUCCAUUCUUAACCUGAAACUGUGCUUAAGCUGAAGCACCACUUUAGCUAAUGGGGCCUCCUGCUGCCGCCAUGCCGCCGGAGCACGAUUUCUGUUCUCAUCCUGAAGCAAAGUUCUUAACCUGAAGUGCUAUUUCUGGGUUAGCGGAGUCUGUAUCUUGAAGCGUAUGUAACCUGAAGCGUAUGUAACCUGAGGUACCACUGUACUUUGGUAAUCCACUUGGAAACCAUUGUGGUUAAGUGGUAUAUCAGUUGUUUAAAUAAAAAUAAAUAGAUUUAGUCACCAGGCAGAGAUGUUCUGGCUGAUAGUUUUGAACCUUUCCAGCCCUUAUAGGCCUCUCUCCUGUCCAGUUUUUGGGAAUGAGGCUGCCCUUGAUUCCUGCCAGCUCUGGUUUUUGUGUUGAAACCAGCCCAGUUUGCUCAAGAGUUGAUUUUUUUCCCUUGGAAACAAAAGACUCAGUUAUAUGUGAAUAGCCACCUUUCUCAGUGCUGUUCAGAUGUGUUUGUGUCCCCUCCUCCCAACUCUUAUUCCUUCCUGUGUUGUUUAUUUUACUUAUUCUAUUCGGACACUUUCCCCCAUCCAUUGAUCCUCCGAGCGGCUUAACGAAACUUCAAUAAAACGUAUGAGAAAUAAAUAAAUUAGAACAAUACCAUCCGUAGAAAUAACCACAUUUUUGAAAAAUGAAAAAUCGACAGCACAAGCAAUGCAGGAUCCAGGUUCUGUCUGAGACCAUGUGAACAUGUGUGGUGUGAUGUCAUGACGCCACCGUGCCUGACGCGAUGACAUCAUCAGACAUCGCCUAAUGCAUUCCCCUUGGGCAUUGAGUCAGACUCGGCGACGCAGUGUCCUCGCCGAGGGCAUUUUAAAUAAGUAAAGCUCUUUCCCAACAUUGCCGGAAAGGAGAGGGGCGUGUUUUGGCACCACUCAUGAAAACUAUUAAGCCCUUUGAACAUUUUUUACUUUCGCAAACUCUGAGCGUAACUCCGGUGUGGUUUCCCGAGGCCCAGGCUCUGCGGUCUUGGUGGCUGCCCUCAAGGCAACUGGGGCUUAGCCCAGCUGGCAAGUGGAGAAGGGUGAAUAAGCGGCUGCACAUCCUUAUUAUGCAGCCGCGUCGCUUAUCCUGAAACAGAAGCAAGCCCUGUGGGAUGUGUGCGAGUGUUGUCCCUGCCUCCCCAAUAACUAACCGUAAAGUUGGCAAAAAUGUACAAAAAUCCAUCUAAGUUAUGCUGGAAAUGUAAGGAUAGCAAAACAACAACAACAAACCUAUGGUUACGUGAAACAUACUCAAUAAACACACAAGACGUAACCGGCUGUACUUUUGAAUAAAUAAGGUAUACAGUUAAGUACUUAAUUCGUUCCGGAGGUCCGUACUUAACCUGAAACUGUUCUUAACCUGAAGCACCACUUUAGCUAAUGGGGCCUCCUGCUGCUGCCGCGCUGCCGGAGCACGAUUUCUGUUCUCAUCCUGAAGCAAAGUUCUUAACCUGAAGCACUAUUUCUGGGUUAGCAGAGUCUGUAACCUGAAGCGUAUGUAACCCGAGGUACCACUGUACUAUUCAUUGUAUCAAUUGUAGAUAUUGGACUCUAUGAACAGACAGGUGGAAUAGACACUUAUACAUGUACGGACCUUAUGCAUGAACUGACUAGAGAAUGAACUGAUCCAUUGGGUCUUCUGCUUUUUUCGUUGAACUUUAUGAGACUUCCGUUGAAAUCUACAAUUGAUACAAUGAACAGUAUACCAUAUUUAUUCAAAAGUACAGCCGGUUAUGUCUUGUGUGUUUAUUGGAAAUGUAAGGAUAGCGAGGGUACCUUUUACCAUAUGUGGUGGCCAUGUAAAGGGCUUCUGGGAAAUGAUAUAUAAUGAACUGAAGAAACCGUUUAAGAUAACGUUUACUAAAAAAAAAAAAAACCAGAAGCCUUUUUACUAGGUUUAACAGGAAAUACCAAGAGACCUAAAAAGACAGUUUGUGUAUGCGACAACAGCUGCAAGAAUGUUAGCCCAGAUGUGGAAGGAGGAGAAGGUCCCAACCAAAGGAAGAGUAGAUUACCAAAAUGAUGGACUAUGCCGAAAUGGCAAAGAUGACAAAAAAUGUAAUCAAGAAUGGGAAAAUUUUGUAGAAUACCUUAAAAGCCACCGUAGUUACUUAGAAACAUUAGCAGGAUUGAUAUAACAUUUCUGAAGUAAAAUGAUCUAAAGUAGUAAAUAAGGAGAUGAAAUAGAAUGCAUAGAUAUAAUUUCAGUGGUACCUUGGUUUACGAACUUAAUCCCUUCUGGAAUUCCGUUCUUAAACCAAAGCAUUCUUAAACCAAGGUGUGCUUUCUCAUAGCAGCGGGGGAACCCAGUUUACAAAUGGAACACACUCAAUAUGUUCUGCUUCCAAGGCAAAGUUCACAAACCAAAACACCUACUUCCGGGUUUGCAGCGUUCUUAAUCCAAGUUGUUCAUAAACUAAGCUAUUCAUAAACUAAGGUACCACUGUAUAUGCAAGAAAAGAGGGUGAAAUAUGGAAACCAGCAGGGGACAGGGGAAAGUGCGAGGGGUUUGUAUAAUCCCAGUCCUGUAAAUACGAAAAAUGUUUGGAGUGUAUGGAAAUAAUGUGAAUAUAAAAAACUGAAAGGGGGGACAGAAGAACUAACUGCCUAGCUCUGCAGCCUCUAGCACUGGCUAUAGAGGGGGAAUUUAAUCUCUGGGACCCAGGAUUGCUUCCUCAAGCCCUCCACACUGUGCAGCUGAUCUGGCAGGCGCAGACGAAACAGGUGUUGCAGUUGUAUUCAUAGUCUCUCUUUUCUACCCCUUCCAGUCCAACGUAGCUGCAUCCAACGCCAAGCUGGCCUUGUUCUACGACUGGCUAUUCUUCAACCCCGAGAAGGACAGCAUCAUGAACAUCGGUAUGGAGAAACCCCUCCCUCCCUAGCUUCCUUGGGGCUGCCUGUGUCCCUUCUCCUGUCUCACACACCUAGGUUCCAGCCUCUUUCCAGCCCAAUCUAUAACGGAGAGGUUGUUGCAAUUGGCGUCCAAGGGAUGCGUAGCAAAUGUUGUCACCUUCUCUAAAUUAUCAUUAAAAACAGCUGCUAUUAUUAUUAUUAUUAUUAUUAUUAUUAUUAUUUUAUGCAUUUGUCUCUUUUUCUACGGAAAGCCACCCAAAACAACUUAAAAAACCAAACAUGACCCCCAUCCCAUCUGUGCUGUACAUUUCAAGCGCUAUGGUACCAUGUUAACAACCAUGACUCCCUCCCCCUGCAAAGAAUCCUGGGAAUUGUAGUUUAAGGGUGCUGAGAGUUGGUAGCAGACAUGCGCCCCGUUCCCCUACAGUUCCCAGAGUUGCCUGGGAAGAGGGUUUGAUUGUUAAGCCACUCUCGGAAUUGUAUAAGACGAAAAGAAUGUUCAAAAAUUGAGGUCGUCUUAUACAUGCAUAGUUCAGAGUGGGGACGGGUGAUUGGUUGCUGCUGCGAGUAGGAGAUUGUCAGUGGUGGUUUUUCUGGUAAUUGGCGGCUGCGAUUGGCUGUUGUUGCGGCAAUUGGGCGGGAAAUUGGCGGCUGCUGGCGGUGAGCGGGCAGACGAUUUUUGGCUUCUGCUACAUCUGCUAGUGGCAGCAUUGGCCAGGUGGGUGAGCAAUCCCCCCCCCCAAAAAAAGUUCAACAACCCUGGGCAAUCUCCCCACAUUUUCUUAAUUUUGAGUCCCCCCCAAAAUAGGGGGCGUCUUAUACACGGAAAAGUACGGUACUUGCUGAUCUAGUUCACUAUUUUCAUUCCAUGUUGAAACUGAUUAUGUCUACCCUGUGCCCUAAAUAUUGAUGUGAGCAAAAUUGCCGCCCUUUGUGCUUCUAAUACAGGCAGCGUUGUUCAGAAAAGAAUUAAGCCUUUAUAUUUGACUCCUCAAAUGUAACGCCGGCUGUUCUUUUCCUUUGCAGAGCCUGCCAUCUUGGUCAUGCACCAUUCCAUGAAACCUCACCCGGCCAUCACCGCCACUCUGCUGGACUUCAUGUGUCGGGUAAGCCACCCCGCCCCAGGGCAUCUGACGAUAGUCAAGGCGAUGUGUGGUCCACCCUUGGCUCCAUUUCCAAGUCAGAUCCCUCGUAAAGCGGUGACCUCCCGAUUAGACUACAUUUCCCAUCAGCCCCAGCCAGCAUGGCGAAUGGUCAGGGGUGAUGGGAGUUGUAGUCCAGCAACACCUGGCAGGCCACAGGUCCCCCAUUAAAGCACCCACAGAGGCGCCCAGUGUGUCUCCAUUAUAUAUUUUCUCUUUUGCCGAUGAUGCUUCUCUUUUAUCCUGUCCUAAUAUUCAUCUCGGAGACUGAGGUCCAGCUCCCAGGGCCUUCUGGCGGUUCUCUCACUGCAGUAAGCGAAGUUACAGGGAACCAGGCAGAGGGCCUUCUCGGUAGUGGUGCCCUCCCUGCGGAACACCCUCCCUUCAGAUAUCAAGGAGAUAAAUAACUAUACGACUUUGAGAAGACAUCUGAAGGCAGCCAGACGGGUGGCAUAUAAAUUUAUUAUUGUUGCUAUUCCGUCCAUCUGACUAGGUUGCCCCAGCCACUCUGGGCAACUUCCAACAGAAUAUAAAAAGCGCAGCAAAACAUCAGACAUUAAAAGCUUCCCGAUACAGGGCUGCCUUCAGAUGUCUUCUAAAAGUCAGAUAGUUGUUUAUUUCCUUGACAUCUGAUGGGAGGGAGUUCCGCAGGGCGGGCGCCACUACCGAGAAGGCCCUCUGCCUGGUUCCCUGUACCUUCGCUUCUCGCAGCGAGGGAACCGCCAGAAGGCCCUCAGCGUUGGACCUCAGUGUCCGGGCUGAACAAUGGGUGUGGAGACACUCCUUAAGGUAUACAGGGCCGUUGAGGACUUUAAAAGUCAGCACCAACACUCUGAAUUGCACUCAGAAACGUACUGGGAGCCAAUGUAGGCCUUUCAGGACCCGUGUUACAUGGUCCCAGCGGUCGCUCCCAGUCACCAGUCUUUGGCCUUUGAGAUUUGUGUUGCCUUUGUGACACCACUUCUGUCCUCCAUGGUUCUAUAUGCAAUCUUUGCUUUGCUUAAUUGUUUUAAUAAUAAUAAUAAUAAUAUUUAUUUAUUUAUUUAUACAUACAUACAUACAUACAUACAUAUCCCGCCCAUCUGGCUGGGUUUCCCAGGCAGUCUGGGUGGCUUUCAACAGAAUAUUAAAAUGCAAUCUAUUAAACAUUAAAAGCUUCCCUAAAACAGGGCUGCCUUCAGAUGUCUCCUAAAAGUCUGGUAGUUGUUUUUUCCUUUGACAUCUGGUGGGACGGAGUUCCACAGGGCGGACGCCACUACCGAGAAGGCCCUCUGUCUGGUUCCCUGUAACUUUGCUUCUCGCAGCGAGGGAACCACCAGAAGGCCCUCGGAGCUGGACCUCAGUGUCUGGGCAGAACGAUGGGGUGGAGACGCUCCUUCAGGUAUACUGGGCCGAGGCCGUUUAGGGCUUUAAAGGUCAGCGCCAACACUUUGAAUUGUGCUCGGAAACAUACUGGGAGCCAGUGUAGGUCUUUCAAGACCGGUGUUAUGUAGUCUCAGCGGCCGCUCCCAGUCACCAUUCUAGCCAAUCAAUGACUGAUAGCCAUGAUAGCUGUGCUCUGCCUCUACGGUCAGAGGGAACGAUGCUUUUGAAAUAGCGGCAGCUGGAAAUCCAAGGAGAGAGUUGUUCUUGUGCUCAGGUCCUGCGUGACGGUUUCUCAUUUGGCUGGCCAUCGUGAGAACAGGAUGUUGGACUAGUUGGGCCCCUGGCCUGGGUUCUUCAUACGUUCUCUACUGGGGAGCUUGUCAAAAAUCUCGUAAAUAAAAUGAAAAUUUUCUCUCCUUUCUCUCCUUCUUUUCAGAUCAUUCCUAAUUUUUACCCCGCGUUGGAGGCCCAUGUGCGGCAAGGCGUCUUCAACUCCCUCACCCACAUCGUGGAUAAGCGAGUCCUGGCGUAAGGAGAUGGCCAAUUUUCUGAGCUUUCUUGAGCCCCCUACCUCCCCCCAGUCCUCAAGCCACCAGUUCCCUCCAGAGGCAGACUGCCGCUGUCAGCAAGGAACCUUAGGUUUCCAAUGGGCCAGGGUUCCAACUGCUCCCUGCCUAACUUAAUUAGCCCCUGUGGAUAGCUCAGUCGGUAGAGCGUGAGAUUCCUAAUCUUGGGGGCCGUGGGUUCAAGCCCCAUGUUGGGCAAAAUAUUCCUGAGUCAUAGCAGGUUGGACUUGAUGACCCCCGUGGUCCCUUUCGGUUCCAUGAUUCUAGUGUUUUACUGCAUUUAUUUCUGGCAGGGUGGAUUUGAUUUAAAUCAAAUCGAUUUAAAUCACUGGUCAGUAAGACUUCAUUUAAGUCUUCUUUUUUUACCGAAAGACAUUCCUGCUGGUAUAAUCUUAAUAUUUACAACCAGAUGAAGGUUUCAUUUUUCCAGAAUAGCUUUUACAGUUAUAUCAGAAAUUACUGAUUUGGUUAUACUAGUAGAAACACAUAGACAGAUAAUAUUGAAAUCUAUUGUGAGGUUUAAUAAGUUAACUGAUUAUAUUUGGACAACCUUUCUGCUGUACUUCAUUGGAAGGAGGAAAACAAUCAUUUCCUUAAUAACAAUUUAAACAAUUUAUUUAACUAAAACAGUAACAUUGUAGCAUAUGUAUCCAUGUUUGUUAACUGAUGUGGUUAAACUUUUUUUAAAAAACCCCCAACUUAGACAGAGUUUCAGCACACAUGAAAAACAAAUCCUUAUUUCCUGAUGAAUAGCCUUUGAACUAUAAUGUAACUUAAAAAGAAAACUAUCUUUAGAAAGAUUUUUUUCCUCCAAAAGCAUUUUAUUUUAAAUAUCCAAUUUAAAUAAAAAAAAUUGAUAUAAAUUUUAAAAAUGUGAUUUAUUUAUUUUUUAAAUCAUUGAUUUUUAUCCAUCCCGAUUCCUGGGCUCCUUUGGGUGGAAAGGUAGGAUAUAAAUGUAAAAAUAAAGCAUUGCAUAUUUCUUCACCACCAUCACCCUCCGCUUUUUGCAGGCACCUGGCUCCUCUUUUUGACAACCCAAAGCUGGAUAAAGAACUCCGGGCCAUGCUGAGAGAGAAAUUUCCAGAGUUCUGCAGUUCCCCUUCGCCUCCCGUUGAAGGUAGAAUUGAGGCAGAUGGGUCGAGGGGGUUGGAUUAUACGACACCUUCAGGGCUGCCUCAGCAUAGUCUAUCAGCUCCCUAAGGAAUUACUAAGAAAGGCAGUCCGUCAGGGUUGCAGAGCCCGACUGCCAGCAGACGACAUGCCCAGUGUCUGGGGGAUGAUGGGAGUUGUAGUCCAGCAACGUCCGGAAGGCGUUGAGUUCCCCGGCCAAUCAGGGAUCACGUAUUAGAUGUCGGAGCUGAAAGUUCUGGGCAGGAGCUAUGCAGUUCUGUUGAAGCAAAACCAUGUUGCACUAACCUAGGGGUCAGCGAACUUUUUCAGCAGGGGGCCGGUCCACUGUCCCUCAGACCUUGUGGGGGCCAGGACGAUAUCUUUUGCAAAAUAAAUAAAUAAAUAAUGAACAAAUUCCUAUGAACCACAAAUAACCCAGAGAUGCAUUUUAAAUAAAAGGAGACAUUCUACUCAUGUAAAAACACGCUGAUUCCCAGACUGCCGGAUUUGGAAGGCAAUUGGGCCGGAUCCGGCCCUCGGGCCUUAGUUUGCCUACCCAUGCACUAACCCAUUGUCUGUUUUAAAACUGUGGCUUCACUAUCAACAUCUCUCCCACCUCACUUGUGGUCUUGUGGUGAGCCCAGUCCAGGAAUAGGCCAAUAACAAACCUCAGUUUAUUUCUGGCUUACAGCUUCCUUAUUUGGCCAACGCAAAUCAACCACGUUCCGGAUUCACACGACAAUACGAGCCAUUUAAUGCCGGGUCAUGCUGCUUACGACACCCAUGGGUGUGAGGGAAAGCCGUCCAGGGGUGGACUAUUCCUGAUGAAGGGUGAAGCCUUCCAAACAGCUGAGAGUUGGGGGGCAGCUUAAGGACAGAACAAAUAGAUUCAUGGCACCUGUUCUUUGCAGUCUAGGUUCCCUGUUUCAUUUGAUGCACAAUCUUGGAAGGCUGCUGCCAGCCUGAGUAGACAGCACUGGACUAGGUGGAGCAGUGAUGUGGCUCAGGAUUGGGCAAGUGCCUCUGAAGAUUGCAUUGAAAUUGGGGCUGGGGGGAGGGCAGCUUUCCAUAGGAGAAGCUGACUUAUACCGGAUCUGGCCUUUGGUCCAUUCUAGCUCAUACUGUCUACACUGACUGGCAGCAGCUGUCCGGGAAUUUGGGAGGGAUAAUUCCUAGUCCUUCCUGGAGAUGCCGGGUAUUGAACCCAGGACCUUCUGUGUGCAAAGCAGACGCUGUACCACUAAACCAAAACCUUGCAGUGUGGAACAGGUCAAAACAGCUUCUGGGAAGCGAGUAUUCCUUGCCCCGCUGCCAGCCACUUCUCUUUGCGUUCCUCCUAGCAGUGAAAAUUGAGGAGCCGGUUUCCAUGGAGAUGGACAAUCACAUGUCCGACAAAGAUGACAGUUGCUACGACAACGCAGAGGCCGCCUUCAGCGACGACGAAGAGGACUUGAACAGCAAAGGUGAGGAAGUCUUCCGCAAAAGUUGCUGUGCGUCCCCACAACUUUCUUGCUCCCUGGGACACAGUUGUGUCCCGGGAAAGGUUCUUGUACACGCAACAGGGCUGUGAGAGGAGAAGCCGCCACGCUCACACACAGUCUUGUUUUUCAAGGAGUCUGUUUCCAGCCAACUGUGGCCCUGGGCAAACACAAUAACAACAGCAACAAUGGUUUCUGCAAACUAUUGUUGUUGUUGCUUAGUCGUUUAGUUGUGUCCAACUCUUCGUGGACCAGAACACGCCAGGCACUCCUAUCUUCCACCGCCUCCUGCAGUUUGGUCAAACUCUUGCUGGUAGCUUCGAGAACACUGUCCAACCAUCUCGUCCUCUGUCGUCCCCUUCUCCUUGUGCCCUCCAUCUUUCCCAACAUCAGGGUCUUUUCCAGGGAGUCUUCUCUUCUCAUGAGGUGGCCAAAGUAUUGGAGCCUCAGCUUCAGGAUCUGUCCUUCCAGUGAGCACUCAGGGCUGAUUUCCUUCAGAAUGGAUAGGUUUGAUCUUCUUGCAGUCCAUGGGACUCUCAAGAGUCUCCUCCAGCACCAUAAUUCAAAAGCAUCAAUUCUUCGGCGAUCAGCCUUCUUUAUGGUCCAGCUCUCACUUCCAUACAUCACUGCUGGGAAAACCAUAGCCUUAACUAUACGGACCUUUGUUGGCAAGGUGAUGUCUCUGCUUUUUAAGAUGCUGUCUAGGUUUGUCAUUGCUUUUCUCCAAGAAGCAGUCGUCUUUUAAUUUCGUGACUGCUGUCACUAUCUGCAGUGAUCAUGGAGCCCAAGAAAGUAAAAUCUCUCACUGCCUCCAUUUCUUCCCCUUCUAUUUGCCAGGAGGUGAUGGGACCAGUGGCCAUGAUCUUCGUUUUUUUAAUGUUGAGCUUCAGACCAUAUUUUGCGCUCCUCUUUCACCCUCAUUAAAAGGUUCUUUAAUUCCUCCUCACUUUCUGCCAUCAAGGUUGUGUCAUCUGGAUAUCUGAGGUUGUUGAUAUUUCUUCCGGCAGUCUUAAUUCUGGCUAGGGAUUCAUCCAGCCCAGCCUUUCGCAUAAUGAAUUCUGCAUAUAAGUUAAAUAAGCAGGGAGACAAUAUACAGCAAACUAUAGUUCGGGUCUUAUCCUAAAUAUUGAGUGAAUCCCUGGUUUAAGAUUCCAAACCACGCCUGUUCCCCAGCAGGCAUGUUUAGGGCAGAGAGAGAGGGGAAAAGAAGCCUUAUCUCAAACAUGGUUUGUUUGGCGCAACACUCAACCAUGCUUAACACAAACCAGGGCGUAGGCCAAAGCCACUUGAGAGCAUGGCUUUCGUCCACCCCUUAACCGUGGUUUAGGUGUUCAGAAAGAAACACAUAACCACGGCUAAAGAGGACAAACCUGGUUGAACGGUUUGCUCUCUCGCAUUUUGUGCUGGCCUGCUUGGUGACUCUUGUCUACGGUUUCUGAGAGGUCUUUUGUGCCUUUCAAGUCCGGCCCCACAUAUGUGGGGAGGGGUUGUUGUACCAGCAAGAGCUGAAAUCCAAGAUCUAAGCCCAAAACAUUGAGGGUGUCUGGCUUCCUUUUGAAUGUGUUCUCCCGCUAUCCCACUGACAGAAUUCCUUGUUUGGGAUUUGACUCCUUGAAUAUGCAGGGAGGCAGGAUAAGUGCAUCAGAAAAGUCUGGCUGUGGGAUCAGACCAAACACUUACCUGGUCCAGCAUCCUAUUGUCACGGGGGCCAACCAGAUGCCUCUGGGAAUCCCGCAAUCAAAUCUCCCUGCGGAAUCCGCCUUUCUGCUUAAGCGAGGCUUAACGUUUCUCGUGUGUGCGUGUGCAUUUCUGAACCCGGCUUGGCGUUCCUCCCUCCCUCGCAGGGAAAAAGCGGGAGUUCCGGUUCCACCCGAUCAAAGAGGCCGUCGUAGAAGAGCCGGUGGACAUCACCCCUUUCCUGGACCAGUUGGACGAGACCCUCAAGGACAAAGUCCUCGUGCUGCAGAAGGGGAGGUCAGUACAGAGGCUGUGGGUCUGAGGAGCAUGUGAUUAUGUAGGGCAGAGUUGUGGGCAGACACCCAAAAACAGAAGACGAGUCUGCUGGAUCCGGCCAGCAGCCCUUCGAGCCUAGCACCCUGCUCUCGCUGUCGCUGAGCAGAUCUCUAAAUGGGGAGCCCACCUGUGUUUCCCAGAGACUGGUAUCUGGGGCCCCUCCUGAUGUAGCUGGACUUCAACUCUCAGCAGCCAGCAGAGGCCAUGGUCAGAGAUGAUGAUGGGCGUUGAGGUCCUCUGAAAUGCUACAGGUUCCCUUUCCCAGGUCUAGGACUUUUCCUCUUAACUCACCAAUCAGCUUAUUUUGAGAGAGUGUGACUUGCCCUGGUGAGCAUUUGGUGACAAAGCAUGUACAAUGGUACCUCGUGUUACUUACGCUUCAGGUUACAGACGCUUCAGGUUACAGACUCCGCUAAUAGUCUGUAGUACCUCAGGUUAAGCACUAUGCUUCAGGAUGAGAACAGAAAUUGUGCUGUGGCAGCGGGAGGCCCCAUUAGCUAAAGUGGUACCUGAGGUUAAGAACAGUUUCAGGUGAAGAACGGAGCUCCGGAACGAAUUAAGUUCUUAACCCGAGGUACCACUGUAUUUGAACCCACAUGUCCCUAAACCACAGUGCCUCUCUGCCCCUCCCUGUUCCUUUUGAUGCUUAUCGCCCUCCCUACAUAGGGAGACCACCAAACAUCCCCCCCCCCAAGCUUCAUUCCUUCCUGCCCUCUCCAUCAUUUUGUGCAGGAACAAGGCUUCUCCAGUCGGGCCUCUUGGGUGCCAUUUCUAGCCUUGAUGUGACUUCCCAGUCACCAGUGAUGGAAUCACAGAGUUGGAAGAGACCCCGGGUCAUCUAGUCCAACCCCCUGCAGUGCAGGAAUCUCAGCUAGAGCAUCCAUGACAGAUGGCCACCCAACCUCUGCUUAUAAACCCCCCCCCCCCAAGGAAGGAGAGUCCACAACCUCCCGAGGGAGACCAUUCCACUGUCAAACAGCUUACUGUCAGUCCUGCGUGUGUUUUACUGCUGUUUGUUUCUGUGACUCCCAUAUCAUUAGUCAGCGUUAAACGCAGGCUCUCUGUGUCAGCCCUUUCCUCCCCUGCCCUCGCGACAACCCUGCGGAGUUGGCUGCUCGGGGAAGCAGCUUUCUGAAGACCACCAAGGCAGGCUGUGUGUGUGUGUGUGUGUGUGUGUGUGUGUGUGUGUCUCUCUAAUCGCCUCAGCCAGGUUUCCCUUCCCUCUCCCCACAAGACCUGGGACCUCCCAGUUUUCCCCUUCCCGGAGUGCCAUUCGUAGCUAUUGCUCAAGAAGGACGAGUGCAGAAUCCUUGGAAUCGGGCGGCGCACAGCUGGGAUUUUGGAGCAGGAGGCUUUUGGCCCUGCACUCCCCAUUAAUUUUGCAUGUCAUGACUAAGUGCAUUUAAUAGGUUUGUUUUCCGCAGAGUCUGCAGGAUGCAUAUUUGUGUUUUUUUGUGUUUUUCCCCCCUUUCUUUAUGGCUGGGUGGGAGGAGGGAGACCCGUGGCAAAGGGGCGGGGCGGGGGGGCGGGGAGAGACUUGGCUGCUUUUUAGGGAGAAGCUGGGCCAGAUCCCUGCCAUUUGCCAAUCUCUCCAUGCUGCUCUGUGCUUCCCGUAGAGAUAAUUUCACCCCCCAGAAUUUUUGGGAUAGCAAAACUCCCCCGCCCCUCUGGGAUCUCUGGUUCGAGAGACCCGUUGCUUGACUGCUAGUCUUGAUUAGCCCCACUGCAAAUGACGAUGCUUCAAGUGAAGACAGAGAGGUCCCAUGCAUUCCAGUGUGUCUGCUUUUAAUCCUGGCUCCCACCAGUUAAUAAUAAUAAUAAUAAUAAUAAUAAUAAUAAUAAUAAUAAUUAUAUCCCGCCCUCCCCAGCCGAAGCCGGGCUCAGGGCGGCUAACAACAAUAAAACAAUACAAAAGUACAGCAUAAACAACACUCUAAAAUCAUUCAUUAUAAAAUUAAUUAAUUCAAGCCACUGGCAACCAUUGGGCCAGAGCUCCGCGAAGAUUGCCGAGGGAGGGAGUCAGUUGCAUUUACGCCCUUGCUUUUUAGCCCAAACGGAUUGCAAUUAAAAUCCACAUUAAGGUACAAUAUAAUUAGUCGUCUGUUCGUCUCUGUGUGGCAGGUGGGACAGUUUCUCCUGGCCCCUGGCCCUGCUGGUGAUGCAGUCUAUCUUCAAGGCUCUCGGCUUUCGUAUUAAAAAAUAAAUUAUAAGUGUUGCCUCCUUUAUGGGUGCACAGAGGAGCUUUUAAAUUGUGUGGGCAACUUCCUGCAUAUGAGAUCACCUUGCUCACGCGCUCUUGAGGCUACCCUUACAGGCUCAAUCGCUGGAAACUUUACUCUUUAAUGCUCCCUCCGAGGAAAUAUUCCUGGCAACAUCAUUACAGGGCUUUGGGUGCCUGGCUCAGGCGUUCCUGUUUCCCCCUGGCAUUUGGCCCUUCUUGCUGGAUCGUAGCUUUGUGUGAUUCUGCUGCGGUGUUCAUUUUUUCAGCGGGGGUUAGGGCAGGAUUUAUCCUUCUCUCAUCCUGUUCUUAGAUUUUGUUUCAUUUCACUUUUAAUUUGUAUGCCACCUUUCUAUAUUGCUGCUCACGAGCCGGUUUACAAGCUGAAGAAAACGACAAAACAGAUGCGCCUGAUAACCUGAUCCCAUACGAAAAAAAUGUCACAAUAAAAUGAUCACUUUAAAAUAAACAACAAUAAAAAAUGUCAGUGCAGCGUGCAACAAUACACAGCGGUACCUCGGUUUCCGAGUGUCUCGGAACCCGAAUGUUUUGGAACCCGAACGCUGAAAACUCGGAAGUAAUUGCUUCCGUUCUCGAAUGCGCCUUGGAAGUUGGACGGCUUCCGCUGUGUGGUUUUCCCCCUCUUUUUCUCCACUGACUUUGCUGACCGCCCUUUGAGCCCCGGUUGUCGAACGUUUCGGAAGUCAAAUGGUCUUCCGGAACAGAUUACAUUUGACAACCGAGGUACCACUGUAUGAACAACAACCAAAAAAACCCAUGAAGAAAUAUUAAAAUGAGUAGAAAUAUGUAUUAUAGAGUGGUACCUCUGGUUAUGUACUUAAUUCGUUCCGAAGGUCCGUUCUUAACCUGAAACUGUUCUUAAUCUGAAGCACCACUUUAGCUAAUGGGGCCUCCUGCUGCUGCUGCACCGCCGCCACGUAAUUUCUGUUCUCAUCCUGAAGCAAAGUUAUUAACCUGAAGCACUAUUUCUGGGUUAGCGGAGUCCGUAACCUGAAGAGUCUGUAACCCGAGGUACCACUGUACUUAGAUGAGUGUUUAUAGCGGGGGUGGAGAACCUCAGGCCCAGGGCCCAGAUGCGGCCCUCAAAGCCGCUCUGUCAGGCCCCUGGGACUCUCCACACACCAUGCUCUCUGGCUGAUGUAAGAAGAGCACAUCAGCUGUUAGUUGGCAGGCCUCAGCAAAUCCCUGCUGUGCCUCCAGCUUGGGAGGCGACCCUCCCAAAAUCCCAAACAGGACGUCCUCUCCGGGCUCUGGUGAGGGUCUGCUUGCGAGCCAGGAGGACUCUCCAGGGUGGUCCGCAUUUCCAGGAUCUGCUUCCGGGUUCCCGGCAGUGCAGAAGUGGCACACAUAAACGGGGAGCAGCCUAUAUUCAGAGGCAUCGCUGCCUCUGGCACCUGCAACUGCGACAGAGAAGGAUGUGCAGGACAGGCAAAACCUAAGCAGAGGUUUACUUCUCAAUCCAAUCCCCUUCCUGCCCACGUCUCACACCUAGCGUUUCAGGUCCAAAACGCGGGGAGGCGUCUGCCAAAGCGUGGGAGCUGGGCUGCCAGCAAGUGGGGCCAAGGCUGCUGGCUCGAGACCUCCACUUGCUCACGACCAUGUCUCUCAUCGAUGAUGGGCCUCCCAAGCGGAGCCAAUAACAACUUGGAUGGCUUUUAAAGGAGGAUUAGGAAAACUCAUGGAGGCUGCAAAUGGCUUCUAGCCGACGCAGCUGCCUUUCCCCUCCUUUCCCUAUCAGCUCCUGAGAACCACAAGCGGGGAGAGAACUCCUGUUGCACUCCCAGGUCCUGCUUCCCGUCUGGCCUCUGCGAGAACAGGAUACUGGACUAGAAGGGGCCUGUGGCCUGAUCCAGCAACCAAGCAUUUCUCGUGCCCAGGUUAUUAGAUCUUAUUUUGGUGGAAGAUGUUAAAAGCUGGGCAGCUUUCUGCGUCUGUUUUGCUGGGUGUUGCUUACGCCGAUUGAAGAUGCUCUCAGUGUGCUCCGAGCUCGCUUGGCGUACAGAGCCCCAGUGUUUUCCCCUCCCUCCCUUGCUGUCUCUCGCCCUCUCUCCUUUAACUUGGAUUUCCUCUUCUUUUCUUGGCCUGCAGCGACACAGAAGCUCAGUGUGAGGUCAUGCAGGAAAUCGUGGACCAAGUCCUGGAGGUAACAGCUCCCCUCCUCUCAGAAAGUGGCAGAAGGAAGCAGGGGGAACAUUGGGUGGGGGUGGGUGGGUUGCUCCUGGAGGGACCCACAUAGGGAGUGACAAAUGCUAGGUGGGUGCCCUUAAUAAGGCCGGUGGCAUCCGCCCCUCCAGUCACUAGUUCGGCUCAGGAAUUGCCAGGGGUGGUUCAUGGCAGCCAAGUUUUCUUUCUGCUGUCGGAAGAAAGGAGACAAGGGCCGUGUUCGCACAGCACAUUUAAAGCGCCAUGAUACCACUUUAAGCAGGCGCAUCUUCCCCUGCAAAGAAUCCUGGGAGCUGUAGUUCAUUAAGGGUGCUGAAAGUUGCUAGGAGACCACCCCAUUCCUCUCCCAGAACUACAAUUCCCAGAGUUCCCUAGAAAGAGGGAUUGAUUGUUAAGCCAUGCUGGGAAUUGCAGCUCUGUGAGGGGGAUAGGGGUCUCCUAACAACUCUUAACAAACAACAGAUCCCGGGAUUCUGGGCGGGGAAGGAUCCCAACUGUUGAGAGUGGUAUGGCACUUCAAAUGUCUGGCCUGACUUGGUGUACACACCAUGCAUUUAAAGCCCAUUUAAUGUCUCCUCCCCAGAGUAUCCUGGAAUACUGUAGUUUAAGGGUGGUAGGUAGGAAUGGGAGCUCUGAGGGGGGUGAGUUCCCAGGAUCCUUUGCAGGGGGGGAUGGGUGUACUCAGUCUCUAAAUUAGCAGAUGGGGACUGGUUGCUUUUCUAAAGCGUGCCUGCAACAUUUUCUAAUGGCACCCCAAACCCAUCCACCCUGAGCGCUGGCAGCGAAAUGGCUCCUCAUCCCAAUAUUGGGCUCGGCUUUAUCGACACCUGACUCCUGCCGCUGCCGCCAUCCCCCACCCAGUCUGGACAGACGUCACGGUGGGGACGGUGGCAGUGCCCCGGCCUGUUGCCAAACUUCGCAUCGUUCUGUUUUCCUCUUCCGCACAGGAGGAUUUUGACCAGGAGCAGCUGUCGGUCCUCGCUUCCUGCUUGCAGGAGCUCUUCAAAGUUCACUUCCGCGGAGAGGUCCUGCCGGAAGAAAUCACAGAAGAGUAAGCGGUUUGGGGAAAGGGGGGGGCAGUUUUCUGUUCUUCGGUUGUUCUAGCUGGUCCUUCUGUUCUGCAAGAAUGCAAAGGAAUUCCUGAAGGACCCAGCCCAGGCAUGGAUGAAAUCGCACCUGGGGAUAUCUGUGGGGUAUCUGGUUGGCCACUGUGAGAACAGGAUUCAGGGCUAGGUGGGCCCCUGGCCUGAUCCAGCAGCUGAGAUUUUCUUACUUUCUCAUGAGUAACAGUGAGGAAGGGCUCUGGCCUUUACAUUCUGCCUGUGGGCAUUGUAGAGGAACCUAGCUGGCCACUGGCUCCAGCAGCCGGGCUGUUCUGAGGCCAUUAUUAUUAUUAUUAUUAUUAACAUUUUAUUUUUAUUGAUACUCAUCAAAAAGAUAUGCCAAAGUUUAUACCCAAUACCAGAAUAAAAGAAAUAUUUUAAAAAUCUUAUUAAAAAGAAACAGGAGCAGAGAGAAGGAAGAAGGAAGAAGAGAAACAGAAGAAAGAAAAUGAAAAUGAAAUAGAAAGGAGAGGGCAAGGGGAGGGAAGAAAAAGGUGACAAGGCUUCUGAUUCCCUGUCAGCUAAAUAUAAUAACCUGUUAAAAGUAUUCACUCAACUUGGCAUCCAACUGUUUUGUUUUCUACAAACCAAUAUUUUUUCACUCUUCAAAUCCAGUUAUUACAAGUUCAUUUUCUCUUUCACACAAAAAGUCCAUAAUACGUUUCCAAUCCUUAAUAAAUGUCCGUAAUUAUUUUUCUCUGAUUAAACAUGUUAAAUUUGCCAUCUCAGUCAGCAAAGUCCAAUAAUUUUAUCAUUCCUCCAUAGUCGGUAGGGCUGUAUCUUUCCAUUUUUAUGUAUGUAACAAUCUCGCUGCUCUAAUAAUAUAUUGAAGUAAUAUUCCAUAACUCUUCUUAUGGAGUGGGGAUUUGAACCCUGGUCUCCCCCAGGUCCUAGUCUGACGCUCUAACCACUACACCACACUGGCUGUGGUUGACCUGGCCUGCCCAUUUCCCCUGACGCACACGCGCCCUCUCUAUUUCCCUGCAGGUCUCUAGAGGAAUCCGUGGGGAAGCCACUUUACCUAAUAUUUAGGUGAGUCUCAUGCGUUCUGUCCUCUCCAUUCUGAUUUCGAAGCCGCCGAGCCCAAGAUGGGGGACUAGACAGGCCUUUGGCCUGAUCCUGCAGCCAGGCUCUUCUUUAGUUCUCAUGUCCCUCGAUUUCAGUUGCCGAAGGGCAGGCAGCAGAAAAGGGCUGCUUCUUCGCGGCCUCUUCAUCUGGUUGGUUGCUGCGGGUGGAUUAGGUGUUGACAUUUGGUCUGACCAGCAGGGGGCUCUUCAGGUGUCCCUUUGACUGGGUACAGGUGGGCUUCCAAGAUUGGGGGAUUCCGGGUUCCAGGGGAGACUUGAACACCCCCCAGUACUUCAUUUUUUAAAUAAUAAUAAAAACAAACCAGAGUUUUCUCCAAUUUCUUGUGGCCAUGAUCUCAAAAAUGCAAGAGUACCAUGGCUUGCUGUUCUUUAAGAGUACCAUGGCUUGCUGUUCUUCAAGAAUACCAUGGCUAGCUGUUCUUAAAGAAUACCAUGGCUAGCUGUUCUUCAAGAAUACCAUGGCUAUCUGUUCUUCAAGAAUACCGUGGCUAGCUGUUCUUCAAGAAUACCAUGGCUAGCUGUUCUUCAAGAAUACCAUGGCUAGCUGUUCUUCAAGAAUACCAUGGCUAGCUGUUCUUCAAGAAUACCAUGGCUAGCUGUUCUUCAAGAAUACCAUGGCUAGCUGUUCUUCAAGAGUACCUUGGCUUGCUGUUCUUCCUACUAGCUGCUGGCAAGCGACAGCUAUGGGAGAGAAAGCCCAGACAGCAGAGCUGAUGGAGCAGCCCUGCUUCCCUUCUCUCCCAUUUCUGCAGCCUGAUGGAGAGAGUAGCCCCCCGAUGGAGCAUGGCUGUAGCACACCGUAGCUGUUUUCUGUUGUAAGGGCCCUGGGUGCGAGAGUGCAAGGGUCUGGGUGUGAAACCUGCCGGAUAGAUGUCCCCAGUGCUUAAGGCACAAAAUGGCAUAUCCCUUCGGAAUCUCUGCCUGGACUGUAAAAGCACAACACACCCAUACACACUGUGGUUGUGGGGUUGUCUUUGAACCUAACCCAGUACAGCAUCAGCCUCCCUUCCUGCCCCCUUCCAGGAACCUCUGCCAGAUGCAGGAGGAUAACAGCAGCUUCUCCGUACUCCUGGAUCUGUUGUCAGAGCUCUACCAGAAGCAGCCCAAGAUCGGUUACCACCUUCUCUACUACCUAAAAGCCAGGUAAGAGCACAAACAAUCAGCGAGCCUGGAAUUUUUUUUUUAAGAGGGAAGUUUUGGGAAACUACCUACGUCAGGGAUGGGGGACCUUGUAUGUAAAGGCACAGCACACCCGUUUCCACAUAUGCACACCCCUCCCUGUCAUCCGUCCAGGAUAGCAAGAGACUGGCGCCAAACAGAGACAGAGGCAUGGCUUGGGGAGAGUUCCGAGGGCCAGACAGAGCGGCCUGGAGGGCCGCAUUCAACCUCAUCUAGUGAGAUCGUGGCUGGGACAGGCAGUGGGGAGGAAACCCCACAUCUCACCGCUUUCCGCUGUGCGCCAUCACAUCCACACACCAUGCAUUUUGAGGGUGUGGCUUCCCACACCCCUCCAAAAAAUAAUGGGAACCGUAGUUUGCUGCUCAAAGAGCAGCAGUUCUCAGCGUUCGCGAACUACAGUUCCCAAGAUUCCUUGCAGGGGUGAGGUGUGUGUGUUUUAAUGCAUGGUGUGGACGAGACAUUUUACUUUGGUCUGUCAUAUCACAAUCCCCGGGCAAAGCCCAUACAGCAAACAUGGGGUGAACUUCCAACCCUCUAGAUGUUGCUGAACCCCCAGCAGCUGGCGGCCCAGGGAUGAUGGUUGUGAUGUACUGUAUUUUUCGCUCCAUAAGGCGCACCUGACCAUAAGACACACCUAGUUUUUAGAGGGGGGGAAAGCCCCCAAGCACACGCUCUGUGCGGCUCUUUAAAUGGAGCGCGGCUCUUGCUGGCUUUUGCAGGAGGUGGGGGAAGGGACAGAGUGCGGCUAAGCCAGAAGCUAGAACAGCGAGAGGGAAUGCAGUGCAGUUUCUGGGAUAGCUGCGCAGCCUGCAUUCGCUCCAUAAGACGCACACACAUUUCCCCUUACUUUUUAGGAGGGGAAAAGUGCGUCUUACAGAGCGAAAAAUACGGUAUUCCAGCAAUGUACAAAAAGCCAAAGGAUGUCCCCCACCUGCAGCAUGUGGUAUCCCUGACUGAUACCUAGACGGUGUCGUUCUGCCACUUUGGGAGCAAGGGAGAAGACAAGCUUGGGGUGGAGAGUUCAGAAGAGGACCAGAAGCUUGGCAGGCAGGGCUUUACGCAGCUCGGGAUCAAGGCUUUGGGGCCAUCAGGACAAAUUUGGCACAACAGGAGAAGGGCAGAUCACAGCACCAAGAAAACCAGCUAGAGCUCUCGUGUCUCAGGCACGUGCUCCUUCCGCACAGAGGAACGGGUUCUGCUCCUUUGCUUGCUCACUUGUCUCUUCCCCCUCCAUUUUCUUCUUUUAAAAAACAUUUCAGCAAAGCAGCGGCCGGGAAGAUGAACCUCUACGAGUCCUUUGCCCAGGCCACGCAGCUGGGCGACCUGCACACCUGCCUGAUGAUGGACAUGAAGGCUUGCCAGGAGGACGACGUCCGGCUCCUCUGCUUCCUCACUCCUUCCAUAUACACUGAGGUGAGACCCAGAGGGAGAGGUGGCAAAGGCUGCCCUCUGGUUGCGCAGCAGGGAGAAAAGUGAGCUUCCUAUCACAGAUGGGGAACAUGGAUGCGACCAGUUUGGUAACAUUCUGCCUCAGGAGCAAGGAGAACCUGUCGCCCUCCAGCUGUUGCUGGACUCCAUCUCCCAUCAUCCAUGACCGUGCUGGUUGGGCCUGAUGGGAGUUGGAGUCUCAACAAUAGCUAGAGGGGCCACAGCCUCCCCAUCCCUGCUUUGCGCCUCUGUAAGUGCAUUUAAUACAUGAUCCCUGAUUGGCUUGGACAGGGGUCUAGGAAAGGAUGGUGAACCUGUGGCCCUCCAGAUGUUUCUGGGCUCCCGUCAUCCAUGACCAUGCCGGUUGGGGCUGAUGGGAAUUGGAGUCUCAGUAACAGCUAGAGAGGGCCAUGGUCUCCCCAUCACUGCUUUGCAGUGUAAGUGCCUCGGUCCAGUAUCUCUGAAGGAGCGAAUCACCCCCAUCGUUCUACCUGGACACUGAGGUCCAGCACCGAGGGCCUUCUGUCGGUUCCCUCACUGCGAGAAGCCAAGUUACAGGGAACCAGGCAGAGGGCCUUAUCGGUGGUGGCGCCCGCCCUGUGGAAUGCCCUCCCGCCAGAUGUCAAAGAGAACAACAACUACCUGACUUUCAGAAGACAUCUGAAGGCAGCACUGUUUAGGGAAGCUUUUAAUGUUUGAUGUAUUACAAGAUUUUAAUAUUUUGUGGGAAGCCGCCCAGAGUGGCUGGGGAGGCCCGGCCAGAUGGGCGGGGUAUAAAUAAAUUAUUAUUAUUAUUAUUAUUAUUAUUAUUAUUAUUAUUAUUAUUAUUAGAUCCCUGAUUGGCUGGUACAGGUGUCUAGGAGAGGGUGGAGAACCUGUGGACUCCCAACUCCAUCAUCCCUGACCAUUGGCAGCACCGGUUUCUGGGACUGAUGGGAGUCGGAGUCCAACAGCAUCUGGAGGCCUCCCCAGCCAACAGCGACCCCUAGCAUUUUUCGUGCUUGCCUGUUCUUUCGAGGCAGGUCCCUUUAAGGCCCUGCCCUCUCCCCUUUCCUCUACCAGGACCUUUGCUUCCCUUCCACCCUCCUACACUGCUUCCCCCGGUGUGUUUUUCUCGCGGGCUCCUUGAGCGAUCGCAUAUGCCUCGCAGACCCCGAGUCAUCUCUGGACGCGGCCGGGCUCCGGGGAGGUUUUACGCUGCCUGUUCUCCAGGCCGUUAGGUUUAAUGAAAUGUUUUAUUGCUUCCAUCGCUCAGCAGCCGACAGGCCAGUGGGGCGGGGCGAAGCCCUCGUUUGCCAGAGGCCUUUCCCCCAGAACAACCAGACCGCAUUAUCCUCUGCAACCACCGGCUUUACGGCAUUUCGGCGCAAGAACCUCAGUGCCUUUUUCUUUCCCGUUGCCUGUCUAUCGCUCUGCUCUCUUUGGUCCUCGGCGGAAGGACCCAUAGCUCAGUGGGAGAGCAUUUGCUUUGGACACAGAAAGUCCCAGGUUCUCUACCUGGCAUCGCCAGGUAGGGCUGGGAAUAUCCCCUGCGUGAAAGUCCUGGAGAGCAGAGACAAUACUGAGCUUGAUGGACCCAGUGGUCUAAGGUAUCGCCCUAUGUUCCUCUUUAGUUCAGAACCAUGAAGACUAGAAUCUCAGGGUUGUUGUUUUAGGGCUGUGGCUCCGUGGCAUCAUAGAAUGAAUGACUCUCAUCCAGCCAUGGAGGCAGAGCCUAGCCAUUGUGGUGGGUGACCCCCGAUAGCCUCUGCAAAUUUGUCCCCUCUGUCUCCUCCACUUAACCCGAGAGACUUUCCCCCAGGGAUUACGCAGCACAAAACCUCCAGAUCAAAACAUGGCAAACCAAAGGCCUAUAUCGCCUAACAGACUUCUAUAAAAAUAACAAACCCUUGUCAACACAAGAAAUACAAAGCAAACUAGAGGAUACCCAAAUGCCCUGGUUAACACAUUACCAAUUACAUGCCCUCUUAAACAACCCAGUAGUAAAAUCAGCAGCAACUAGGCCCCUGGCAACCUUCGAAAACCUCCUCCUAACAACAAAGGGAUGGUAUCCGCAAUAUACAAAAUACUACUCCAAAACCCCACGAACCCCCUAGACGUAAUCAAAAAACAAUGGGAAGACGACAUAGUUCUGCCACUCGAGCUAGAGGGAGAGAACGACAACCUCUCUGCAAAGCGGGAGAGUUGCCGCCGCAUCUAAAAUUGUAUUUUUGUCUUUUCGUUGCUGGCGUUUCACUUCCUGUUUCGAAUGGAGUUGCAAGUGUCAAGAGUCCCCUGCCCCCCCGUCCCCCCCCCCAUCCCUGGCACCUGUUUCACAAAGUGAAACAGCUUUGCCAAGAAAUUGCCUUGGGCUUUGCCCUGCACGGUUCUGGUUUGUUCUCUCUCUUGCUCUCCCCUAUUGCAAUACAAGGUCAAGCCAGCUACACCCAGCCUGUGGCGCCCCCUGCUGCACAUAGUGGAUCUUCCAAUAAUAAUAAUAAUAAAAUAAUUUAUUUAUACCCCGCCCUCCCCAGCCAGAGCCAGGCUCAGGGCGGAUAACACCAGUAAAAUUACAAUAAAAACGUAAUGGGGGAGGGGGAGAAAAGGGGAAAAAAACAAUUUAAAAUACUGGUUAAAAUACAAUUUAAAAUGCUGCCUCAUUUUAAAAGUAGGCCAUAGAUCAAGACCAUAAGGGGAGGGAAACAUAAGGGUCAGACUGAGUCCAAACCAAAGACCAGACGGAACAGCUCUAUCUUGCCGGCCCUGCGGAAAGAUGUCAAGUCCCUCAGGGCCCUAGUCUCUUGUGACAGAGCGUUCCACCAAGUCGGGGCCAAUACUGAAAAGACCCUGGCCCUAGUUGAGACCAAUCUAACCACCUUGUGACUUGGGACCUCCAAACUGUUGUCAUUUGUGGAUCUUAAGGCCCUCCAUGGGGCAUACCAGGAGAGGCGGUCCCGUAGGUACGUGGGUCCUAGACCGCAUAGGGCUUUGUAUCCUCCACGACUGCAAGGAAGUACUUGUACGUUUUUUAACAUUCACGAAAACAAUAUCCCUGCCCGAGUUCGGUUGCCUGCAAAAACCGAGCUUCAAAAAGUUGUAACUCGCUGUCUCCUUAGACUGAAAAGCAGCAUUAGGUCUGUUGUUGCUUUCCCCUGAUUGCCUCUCCCUCUGUCUCAAGUUUCCAGACGAGACCCUGCGGAGCGGGGAGCUGCUGAACAUGAUUGUGGCCGUCAUUGACUCAGCUCAGGUAAGGCCUCUCCUUGUGGAACAAUCGGUCAGAGCUGGGGGAGCCUGUGUGCUUGCUGUCCUUUGCUCCCUCAAGAGCUGCCUCCAGGUAUUGUGUCAAUGCAGCCAGGCACGCUGCGUUGUUUCAGAGGCAGAACUGGGAAGAGAUCCUCCAAACAGAGACGUGCGAUUAGCGGUCAGCCCCAUCCUCUCUUCCAAAGCAGGGAUGGAGGACAUGUGGCCUUCCGUAUGUGGUUGGACUGUACCUCCCAGCAUCCUGGCCAUUGGCCCUGCGAUAGCUGGAAUCCAAUAAUAUCAGAAAGGCCACACAUUUCCCUUUCUCUGCUAACACCUCUAAGCACAUUGGUUGGGACAUGUGUCUAGGAGCCUGUGGCCCUCUAGAUCAGUGUUUGUGGGUCCCCAGACGUUGUUGGACCACAACUCCCAUCAUUCCUAGCCAGCAUGACCAGUGGUGAGGGAUGAUGGGAGUUGUAGUCCAACAACAUCUGGGGACCCACAGGUUGAGAACCGCUGCUCUAGAUGUUUCUGAACUGCAACUCCCAUCAUCCACCAUCAGCCAUGCUGGUUAUUGGGCAUUGGAGUCAAACAGCGUCUGGAGCGCUGCCUGCCUCUGUGGGUGGAGAGACUGAUGACUGGGAUGGGCCUGUCUUUCUGGGAGUAGAUCAGACUAGAUUGGCCUCCUCUCUCCCACUCCCAGCCCCGGCCAGCCUCCCGGACUACGGGCAGAUGUUGCAUGCCUUGCUGCGUGGAUGGGCAGUGUUUUUAUCCAUUAUAUUUAUUGCAGUUAUGUUCCACCUUUCAUUUAAGGAGCUCGAGGUUCUCCCUCCCCAACGUUAUCCGCACAAACAACCCUGUUUGGUAGGUUAGGCCGAGAGACCGACUGGCCCAAGAUUGCCCCGCACCUUUCAUGGCUGAGCGGGGAUUUGAACCCUGUGCGCCCGGAUCGCAGUCCGACACGCUAACCACUAUGUUGCUUCUUAACCUCUGGCUGCAUUCGCACCAUAAAAAGCACCCAGGCACACCCCAGCAAGGAAUCCUGGGAAUUGUAGUUUGCUAAAGGGUGCUGUCACCCUUUAACAAGGGACGCAGGUGGCAGGGAUGCAGGUGGCGCUGUGGGUUAAACCACAGAGCCUAGGACUUGCUGAUCAGAAGGUCAGCAGUUCGAAUCCCCGUGACGGGGUGAGCUCCUGUUGCUCUGUCCCAGCUCCUGCCAACCUAGCAGUUCGAAAGCACAUCAAAGUGCAAGUAGAUAAAUAGGUACCACUCCGGCGGGAAGGUAAACGGCAUUUCCGUGUGCUGCUCUGGUUUGCUAGAAGCGUCUUAGUCCUGCUGGCCACAUGACCCGGAAGCUGUACGCCGGCUCCCUCAGCCAGUAAAGCGAGAUGAGCGCCACAACCCCAGAGUCGGUCACAACUGGACUUAAUGGUCAGGGGUCCCUUUACCUUUUACCUUUAAGGGGUGCUGGCAGUUGUAUGUAAGAGAUAGACUACAAUUCCCAUGAUUCUUUGCUGGGGUGUGUGUGGUUGCUUUAAAGGCAUGGCGUGAACACAGCCGCAGAGAGAGCCAUAGGGAGAGAUCUUCUCCUGAUGGUGACUGGUUCAGCUCUGUAUCAGUCCGGGGCAACACGGGAGCCCUUUCUCCAGACACCCAGAGCAUGGCCUUGUCAAAAACAAAGAAAAAAGCGUGGGCCUCUGCACAUGCCCCGGGCGCCCUUCUUUUUGCCAUGGAGACCCUGCAGCCGACUCUUCUUCCCCCAACCCUGAUCUCCAGGCCAGAGGGCAGGACAUCCACCUUGCAGGCCUCUUCCCCAUUUCCCAGAAAUUGUAACAGCGCCAGAACAGAGCUCUGGGCUAAAGAGCCCCCUGAGAGAGCAGGGCUGGCGUGUGGUGCCAAUGCUAAUAGGUUGCCAUGGUGCCCGUUUGGAGUGACCCAAAAAUAGCCAAAGUGGGAGAGGUUUUGUGUGUGUGUGUGUGUGUGUGUCUUGGCAGGCAGUACUUUUGCCUCAUGCGUGUUGCCUCUGAGCCUGGUUGGGCCUACAUACAGGCUGUUUCCCCAAAAUAAACCUUUGUCUCCCCUAAUAUAUCCGUAUCAGCUUCGUUCAUCAAGCGCUCUCUUUCCCAUGCCAGCUUUGGGACGGCUGGGUCUCUUGGGCAGGUUUUCCUGGCCAGGGCAGACAGCGAGAUGGUAUCGCAUGUGGGAAAGGGUGGGUGGGUGGGUGGGAGGGCCCCCCCACCUGAUCUGACCCCUUGCUGGGCUCCUGCCCCAUUCCGGAUGUUCCCAGCCUAACCCCUGUCCACCUUGGUGCCUUUCCCAGCCCUGCCUCAGUUUCCAUCACUCGUCCCUUUCUCUCAUUUCCCCCCACAUCCUGCUUCAUUGGUUCCUUGGCUGCAUUGUGGGGCCAGUGGGGAAAGGUGGAAGGGGCGGCGGGGGGUGGAAAUUAAGGGUGUCAGAAGACUUUGUGGACACGCGGUAUAUUCAUACUGUAGCAUUUUCUCCCUGCAUCUAAAUUCUGAGCCGAGGAAGACGACAUAGGCUGCAUUCACACCGUAUAUUUAAAGCACUAUGAGACCACCUUAAGCUGUCAUGGCUCCCCCCAAAGGAUUCUGGGAGCUGCCUUUAGUCUAGAAUGCUAAGAGUCCUUAGGGGACCCCGAGUCCCCGCCCAGCGCUACAAUUCCCAGAGCUCCCUGGGAACUGCUCUGGGAAUUGUAGCUCAGUAAAGGGAAUAGGGAGCUCUCCUAACAACUCUCAACACCGGGGUCAGCAAACCUUUUCAGCAGGGGGCCGGUCCACUGUCUCUCAGACCUUGUGGGGGGCCGGACUAUAUUUUGAAGAAAAAAACCGAACGAAUUCCUAUGCCCCACAAAUAACCCAGCGAUGCAUUUUAAAUAAAAGCACACAUUCUACUCAUGUAAAAACACGCUGAUUCCUGGACCAUCCGCGGGCCGGAUUUAGAAGGCGAUUGGGCCGGAUCCAGCCCCCGGGCCUUAGUUUGCCUACCCAUGCUCAACACCCUUCGCAAUGGACAGUUCCCAUAAUUCUCUGGGGGAAAGCCAUGACUGCUUAAAGGGGUAUCAUAGCACUUCAAAUGGAAGGUGUAAAUGUGGUCUCAGGGUUGUGGUUUAUUUCCAUUGUUGAAUGAUGGAGGCUGUUUGUUUCCCCAGCGACAUGUGACUGGCUGAUAUCUGUCUGGAAACUGUAGAAACAGCUCCCUUUCCUUUCCUAAAGAAGCUGCAGAACUGCGAGUUGAACCCCAUAAAAACAGGAUUUUUUCCCUUUUGCAAAGUAAGCUCAGCAACUUUGAGCUGAUCCUCAAAAACACGGGGAUUUUCCCCUUUGCAAAAGAAGCUGCACAACUGUGAGCUUAUCCCCAAAAAAAUGGGGCUUUCCCCCUUUCCCCCUCUAAAAACUAUGGUAAAUCCACACUGAAGGAUGCUAGGCUCAGGCAAGGUGGUGUGACUCCCCUCGAGUCAAGGUUCCACUUUUAGAUGCCUGUUUCAUUUACCGUAUAGGGCAGCUUUUAGUUUCUCCCUAUCUUCCUAAUGCGUAUUUCACGUUCCUGCGUUUCUCUUCCACUGUGACCUGCGCCUGGUGGCCUUGUUCCUAAAUCUGUGAGUCUGACUCCCGCUCUCUGUUCUCCCCAGCUCCAGGAAUUGGUCUGCCACGUUAUGAUGGGGAACUUGGUGAUGUUUCGGAAGGACUCCGUCCUCAAUAUUCUGAGUGAGUUGGGCUCAGCGGGGGAGAGGUGCCAAAAAACGAAGUCUUGGUUAAAAGGGGGGGGGAAUAAGGAGUGUGUUUAGAUAGACCCACUCAUUCUAUAGUAGUGGUUAGAGUGCUGGGCUAGGACCCGGGAGACCUGGGUUCAAAUCCUCCCUCAUCCGUGAAGCUCACUGGGAGGACAUUGGGGUCCAGUUACUAUCUCUGAGCCUCACAGGGUGGUUCCCAGGGUGGGCGGUGGGAUUACCUGGGGGGCACUAAGAGGCACGCGGGUGGGAGAGGGCACCAGAAGUGCCAAUGACUUAUCAGACUUGAAAAAGCUGAUAUCGUAUCACUGAAUCAAGCUCAUCUGGUUUGUUGAAUUAAAUUAAAUCGUGUGAAUAAUAAUAAUAAUAAUAUUUAUUUAUACCCCUCCCAUCUGGCUGGGUUUCCCCAGCCACCCUGGGCAGCUUCCAACAAAGUAUUAAAAUACUGUAAUACAUCAAACAUUAAAAGCUUCCCUAAACAGGGCUGCCUUCAGAUGUCUUCUAAAAGUCGGGUAGUUGUUCUCUUUGACAUCUGGUGGGAGGGUGUUCCACAGGGCUGGAGCCACUACCGAGAAGGCCCUCCACCUGGUUCCCUGUAGCUUUGCUUCUCACAGCGAGGGAAUCGCCAGAAGGCCCUCGGCGCUGGACCUCAGUGUGAAUUGGAUUUUGAAUGAAUGCGCAAUUAAUUGCCCCUGUUUCGAAUUUCAUUGUGUUACCAUCUUCCUUAGUGGGACAUGCAAACCCAGAGAAUCCUUUUUAUAGGGUAGGGGACACUGGGGGUGAGUUUAUGGAACCAAGUAGACAGUGGACCUGUAAAGGUUUGGGAGCCCUGCAUUAAAUAAUAAUAAUAAUAAUAAUAAUAAUAAUAAUAAUAAUAAUAAUGUUUGUUCCUAAAAAUAUUCAUAUGCUGCUGUUGGUAAAGAAAAAGAAAAAAUCAGAGCGGUUACAAUUAUGCAUGAAACAAUGCAAGACACUGUGAACUGAGUUGCCAUGCCACGUUUUUGACAGCCAGGCUCUUUCCUGCCUUCCCUCUUUCCCCCUUGCCCACUUUUUCCAGUUCAGAGCUUGGAGUGGGAGACCUUUGAGCAAUACUGCACGUGGCAGCUGUUUCUGGCCCACAACAUCCCCCUGGAGACCAUCAUCCCCAUCCUCCAGCAUCUCAAGUAUAAAGGUGAGCGUCUCACGAGCAUCCUCUCCACUGGCCAUUACAGAGUUAGGAGGGAUGCACAGCCGGGCAAAAUAGGAAUGUUUCCCCACCCUCUUUAAAUUCCUCCCAAAAGCCAGCAAUGAGGGAGGUGGACAGAACUCACCGGGCAGGCCGUUUUGCAAAUGUGGGAGCCGCCACCGAGAAGGCCCUGUCACAGGUCAAUGCCAACCAGGUUGCUCACUCACUAAUUGCAGGGUCUGAGAUGGUUGAUAUUGGGGGAAGAUUCUAGUCCUCAUUGAGGAAGGCGCACCUAUAGGUACUUGGGUCCCGGGCCAUUUAGAGCUUUGCUUACGUGGACCAUUUCUGUACCGCUUAGUAUAGGAAUACCUCUCUAAGCGGCAUGUGACAAACUAAAGCAGGAACGGCACAAAACACCCAAUGAAACAAUUAAUACAAAUUACGAAUGAAGAUCUACUCCUUCGGACGCACCUCCCCAGUCUCCUGGCCUCUUACCCAGGACUCCAUCCACCCUGACUCUUACCUGGUCCCAAACUUACUGGCAGAACAUCCCCCCCCCCAAAAAAAGCUUGCAGCCUGGGAGGGAUCCUGGGACCUGCUGGGAUCCGUCACUCUAGACUUCCUUUCAUGGAGCCCUUUCCUUUCACGUGACCAAGUCCUUUUUCGCUGACAAUGGUUGACAAGAAGGAUGUAGUCACACAUUGGAAAACACUGCCCGAUGGCACCAACAAGUGUGUGUUUGCCGCUAUUUAUUCUAUUUAUUAUGUUUUCAUACUGAGAGCCAGUGUUGUGUAAUGGUUUUCAGUGGCAGGGCUCGGCUCCAGAAUACUUGAAGGAAGACGGUUCAGGUUUUCCCUGAGGAGACACUGUGUGUGUUUCUUUCCUCAUGCAUCCUGAUAUGUCAUGGAUUAAGAGUCACAGGUUUCCAUAUAAUGUGGUGUUCCUUUUCAGAUCGUCUUGAGUCUCGGCGUCUAGAAAUGCAUCUCUCCCUAGUUUAAUUUCCAGAAACAGAGACAUUGCAGGGUCCACGUCUACCUAUCUAUCUGUCUAAUUAAACUAUCUAUCCUCUCCCUGGUUAGGACCAGGGGGACUGGGGUUCGAAUCCCCACUCAGCCAUAAAACUCACCUUGGGCCAGCCACACUCUCUCACAGCCUAACCUACUUCACAAGGUCGUUGUGAGGAUAUAAAUGGAGAGGGGGAAGUGUGUUUGCCACCUUGCGCUCUUUGGAGAAAAGGGUGGGAUAUGACUAAUAAUAAUAAUAAUAAUAAAUUUUAUUUAUACCCGCCCUCCCCGGCCAGAGCUAGGCUCAGGGCUGCUAACACCAGUAAAAUUACAGUAAAAACAUAAUGGGGGGGAGACCAAUUUAAAAUACAGGUUAAAAUGCAAUUUAAAAUGCAGCCUCAUUUUAAAAGUAGCCCAUAGAUCAAAACCAUAAGGGGAGGGAUACAUAACAGUCAGACUGAGUCCAAAGCAAAGGCCAGGCAGAACAGCUCUGUCUUGCAGGCCCUGCGGAAAGAUGUCAAGUCCCACAGGGCCCUGGUCUCUUGUGACAGAGCGUUCCACCAAGUCGGGGCCAGUGCUGAAAAGGCCCUGGCCCUAGUUGAGACCAAUCUAACCACCUUGCGACUUGGGACCUCAAAAGUGUUGUCAUUUGUAGACCUUAAGGUCCUCCACGGGGCAUACCAGGAGAGGCGGUCCCGUAGGUACGUGGGUCCUAGGCUGCCCAUAGAAUGUAAUAAUAAAUUACAAGAAUCCAAAUCUGUGUGCUGACACUAAAAUACUGGGCCCAGGCUGAAGGCCACAGCUCUGCUGAUGCAGUGGCAAAUAUAGAGAUAUAUGCUGCCCAGGAGCUCAGAGCUCUGCAUUGGAGUUGGUUAGCAGCUGCUUAACAAACCUCUCUCUGCAUUUCAGAACACCCUGAGGCGCUUUCCUGCUUAUUGCUGCAGCUGAGACGGGAGAAGUACGUAUCCAAAACGCCGUUUGUCACAGUUGCCUCAAGUGCGCUUUGAGCGGAGGGGCCUGGCUUCAGGGCUGCAUCUCGCGGAGAUGGUUGGCGCGCGCCAAAAUACAGGGGUGGCAGCAAGGCAAGGGAUGGAGAGAGAACGAAAUCAGGCAGGAGGAAGGCAUCAGUCGGGGCUUUUAACACUUCCCAUGUUUCUCCUAUGGGACGCGGGUGGCACUGUGGGUUAAACCACAGAGCCUAGGACUUGCCAAUCAGAAGGUCGGCGGUUCGAAUCCCCGUGACGGGGUGAGCUCCCAUUGUUCAGUCCCAGCUCCUGCCCACCUAGCAGUUUGAAAGCAUGUCAAAGUACAAGUAGAUAAAUAGGUACUGCUCCGGCUUUAGGAUAAUUGCCCUGAAAACUGCCAAGGCCAGUAGUUAUAAUUAUUGCCACGUAAUAGGUCCCUUUGUGGUUGCCAAGGGACGCGGGUGGCGCUGUGGGUUAAACCACAGAGCCUAGGACUUGCCGAUCAGAAGGUCGGUGGUUCGAAUCCCCGCGACGGGGUGAGCUCCCGUUGCUCGGUCCCUGCUCUUGCCAACCUAGCAGUUAAAAAGCACACCAGUGCAAGUAGAUAAAUAGGUACCGCUCCGGCGGGAAGGUAAACGGCAUUUCCGUGCGCUGCUCUGGUUCACCAGAAGUGGCUUAGUCAUGCUGGCCACAUGACCCGGAAGCUGUACACUGGCUCCCUUGGCCAAUAAAGCGAGAUGAGCACCGCAACCCCAGAGUCGGUCACAACUGGACCUAAUGGUCAGGGGUCCUUUUACCUUUACCUAUGUUUCUCCUGGGUGUAUUCCUAAGCAGGGGCAGGGAACCAAGGGCCACACACGGACCUCUCCAUCUGGCCCUCCUAAGGUUCUGCUUUGCAGUUUCCACAAUUGUUUUCACUCGGUAUAAGGCAACUUCCUACAUUCCCCCCCCCCCCCGUCUCCUGAUGCAACUUCUACCCAUGAUGGGAAGAGCUCUCUGAGCCUUCCAGCUUUUAAUAAGCCCCAACUUUUGACACACGGCAGCUGAGGGUGGGAAAUUAAAGCUAUAUUUCACAAACACACAGAGCAAAUCACUUGCCUGCCUCCUCUCGCCUCCCCGCUCCAUGUAAUCGCCCUUUAGGGCUGUGGAUGGCAUUGCAAUGAGUUACGGACAGGGUUCGUGUGGCCACGGCAGCUGGGGAGCUAUGAGAAGCCGAAAGGCAGAGUGCGCUCCCUCCCCGCACCCGACUUGCAAUUCCAAAAUGUUAAUUGGCGAUCCAAGCGCCGGGGAAGGUGUGUUAUCUCGUUGCUGGCUUGACCUGGGCUGGCUCCCAAUUUCCUGCGCAGCUGCUCAGAGCAAGGUGAGACAUCGUCUGCCCAGGCCCAGCGCACCCGCCCGGAGGCAGCGGUAAACAGCGGUCAAGGGUGUCCGUGCCUUUUCCGACGGCCGGCACUGAUAAUUGCAGCCGGGGGCUUUGUUGGGUCUUCUGCAGCCCUGUAUGCAGGUUCCAGUGCGGAUAUCGGAGACCUGCAGUUUCCUUCUGUUGCAAAAACGCCGAGAUUUAAAAGCCGGGGCAGCUAACCUUUUUAUUUCACCGGGUCACGGUGGAUGCGGCAGGCGCAUGUGCCGGCGCUCGGCUCCUCUCCUCAGCCGAUCCCUGCAAACAAGCUGCGGGUGUGGAGGUUAUCGCUCUUUCCCCGCUCAUCCAAUGAUAGAUUUUUGCGGCAGCAAAGGGGCCAGAUUGCAUCUCCCUGAGGGGCGCCAGGCUGGGCAGAAAGAGUUCUGAAGACCCCCAAGAUGAGCAAGGAACUCGGUUGCUACUUAAUUUAGCACUGGGUCCGCUCAUAACUGAAUUGGCAGGACAAAAGGUGACGAUGGGGAGUUAUGGGUUGUAGCCAGUGGUAGUCCUACUCGGAGUAGACUCGCUGAUAUGAAUCAAGCUCCAUUAAUUUCAGAGAGAGAGCGUGCGCGCCAUGCAAUACAAUACAGUGGUACCACAGGUUACAUACGCUUCAGGUUACAGACUCCGCUAACCCAGAAAUAGUACCUCGGGUUAAGAAUUUUGCUUCAGGAUGAGAACAGAAAUAGUGCGGCGGCAGCAGGAGGCCCCAUUAGCUAAAGUGGUGCUUCAGGUUAAGAAUAGUUUCAGGUUAAGAACGGACCUCUGGAACGAAUUAAGUUCUUAACCCGAGGUACCACUGUACUAUAAACUCUGUCCAUUCUGGGUUUCUUGGAGCCCCCCAGCGUACGGUUGUUGAAAACAGGAUGGUUUGUUUUGCUUUCUUCUGUCUGAUCCAGUAGAGUUUUUUUAGUUGCAAUCCCUUCUUCAGGCAGAGGUCAAGCAUCUGCCAGCGCCUUGCUUUCCCAACUGCUCCCUCUGCGACUUCUCUCCCGAAACCGGCUACUGUUCUGUGCUUCCUGCUCCCCGACUCGGACCCUCAGGGAGGCUGCGAUGUCCCGGCGUGACCUUUGCCAAUGGCCCCGCAGAGAGCGCUUUAAUUUCUAUUCAUAAGGGGCCUGGAAGGGAGCAGGCUGUCUCUCCUCUCCCUUUCUCUGACCUGCCACGCUGAACGAACCCAGGAAAGGAAGGCAGCGCCCCGGAGCCCAGCGCCUCCUGCUGCCUUGAGGAAAAACAGGCAGCUUCACAGCCGCGCCUUCAACAGCAGGGGCAUGCUGGGAAAAUCCGGCCUUCCUUUGAGGCAGGCUUUGGCUCCGUGGGAUAUUUUUAAGGGAUUUGCGCUGGGCUGGCUUAACUAUGACAGCCAGAAUAUCUGUUGGCUGGCCAGGAUCCAGGUCUUAAUUCAGCUAAGGCUGCUGCCUCCAUGUUUUCCACCCUGAGGGCCACAUUGCCUUAUGGGCAAAUUUCCCAGGGGCCGCCCGCCGGGUGGGCGGGGCCAGAGGCAGAAGUGGGCGGAGCAACUAAUAAUAAUACAGUGGUACCUCCGGUUAAGUACUUAAUUCGUUCCAGAGGUCUGUUCUUAACCUGAAACUGUUCUUAACCUGAAGCACUAUUUCUGGGUUAGCGGAGUCUGUAACCUGAAGCGUAUGUAACUUGAAGCGUAUGUAACCCGAGGUACCACAAUAAUAAUAAUAAUAAUAAUAAUAAUAAAUUUUUAUUUAUAUCCCGCUCUCCCCAGCAGAAGCUGGGCUCAGAGCGGCUAACAACAGUAAAAUAAUACAACAUUCUAAAAUCAGUUCAUUAUAAAAUCAGUUCAAAUAAAUGUUAACUUUGUACAGUAGGCUGGUUUCUAAGCAGACGCCCCUGUUGGUCUAUCCAGACAAGCGAGAAACAUAGAUCAGAGUUCCAAGAGCAGUAGAAGCAUUGGAGGGGGGUGGAGUCUGGUGAGGGGCGUGGCCUGCAGAGAACUCCCAAGGGCCAGGCAGAGAGGAUUGGAGGGCCACAUCCCGCUGCCAAGUCAGAGGCUCUCUUAUUAAAUCAAGACAAUGGGUCUUCUCCUGUUCUCCUGGUUUUCUUGCCCCUUGGAAAAACAAACAAAAACCAGGAGUAACAAUAAGCCAUGCAUUUUGCCACAGGCCUAGCGAAGACAUGGUGAAGAUGGUCCUCAGCCGGCCGUGCCACCCGGACGACCAGUUCACCACCAGCAUCCUCCGGCACUGGUGCAUCAAGCACGACGACCUCUUGGCUGAGCACAUCAAGUCCCUCCUGAUCAAGAACAACAGCCUUCCCCGAAAACGCCAAAGGUAAACAUGGGCCGGGAAGGGAGGAGGAGGUCGCUUCAGCCCAGCGGGGAGCGGAAGGUAGAUUGGGAUCUACUUCCUGGUCGAUCUCCGGGUGAUUUUGCAGUAGGUCAGCCAGGGUUUUCCGACAGCAAGAACAAGGCUGUUCCCUCCACCUGGCUCAGGAGAGAGGGGUACUUCGACCCUCCAGGAGUUGCUGCUAACUGCAGCUUCUGUUGGCGUCAUUAAACGGUGGAACUCACCGCCACAAGAUGCAGCGACAGGCGCCAACCUUGUCGUAAACUUUAUUGCACCAUCCGAAAACAUCAGCAAUAGCAGGCUGCCAACCUAGAUGGCUUUGAAAGCAGAUUGGACUAUCCUGAAAUUGUAUAUUAUAGCCUAUGUCUUGUGCCCAUUUAAUCAUUACCGAUUUUACUUGUUCAUCUUUGGUUUCCCACUCCAAAAGAACGUUAUAUGCUUUUUUAAAAUAAUUUUGUAUUUUCUUCUAUCACUUCCUUUUGGAAUCUGGAAACCCAAUAUAAGAAGCCUUUUUUAUUAUCCUCCUUAAUGAUAUCCUUUAAUUGUCUAGGAUGUAGCCAGCUUUGAAGAUGUUCUUUCAAAUUUAACUUUCCCUUUCGUUCAACCAGCAGCUCUCUAUAUGUUGGCCACUCUCCUCCCGCCCCCCCGCCCCCCAAUAUUUGAAGUGAUAGUGCUUCAGUAGGUGAUAGCCACAGGGUGUUUUUGGUUCUAGUAAAUCUUUAUAUUUCUCUCAUACUUUGAACAGUGACCUUCUUAUUAAAUGGUUGUGGAAUCCUUUAUGUACUUUUGCUUUUCCAUACCAGAAGUAGGCAUGCCAUCUAAACCUUGGAGGAGGAGGAGGAGGAGGAGGAGGAGGAGGCCAGCAGUGGCUACUAGCCACGAUGGCUAUGCUCUUGUCCCGCAGUCGGAGACAGAUAUUCCAGCUGCUGGAAGCCACAGGAGGGGAGAAUUGCCCUAAUACUCAAGGGUUCUGCUUCAGGGCUUCCCACUGUGAGAACAGGAGUCUGGACUGGAUGGGCCAUUGGCCCUGAUCCUGCAAGGCUCUUCUUGUGUUAGUGCCAGCAAACAUGGGCAACCUCUGUUCAAGCUCUUGCUCUGCCUGCCUGCCUGUGUGGGGUAUUUGGCUGCGGGCCUGCUGCAGCUGCAGGCAGAGGCCAUCUGCUCAAUGACAACUUGCACCUAGAAAGACAGUGUGCCAGGGAAAAGGCACACAUGUUUGAGGUGCUAGCUUUCUGCAUGCAAGGAGUUUAAAACAAAACAGGAGGGAUGUUCAAAAAGCAUCUCUCUCCCCCCGCACUAUCCAAAGGGAUUUUGCUGCAUGUCGGAACUACAUAUAAUUUUAUCCUCCAUACAGCACACGGGUAGAGGUUUGGUUGCAAUACAUAUUUGCCUGUUUCUUGUGUUGCCCUUCUUUCCGAGGAUAAUAACAAAGGACUGUCCUGUUUUAUCUUCACAAUGGGCCUGCGAAGUGAGUUAGCCUGAGAGAGGGCAGCUGAACCAAGAAUCCCCAGCGAACGUUUGUUGUUGAGUAGAUCAAGAAAAGUAUAUCAGGCCUAAUCUCCUGGUGCGCUCUCUUGUCACUGUCAUAAGGACUAGAAACUUGCCCUGUUUAUCUUUUUUAAAAAACACUGAAAGCUGUAAACCUCAAUCUGCAUAUGCAAAGAGAUCAUAUGGGCCGUGAGUGAGGCACCUAAAGGCGACCACCAUCUUCCUCCAUUGCCACCCCUUCCCAAAGGACAAAAAUCACACCACCUAUCGUGUUUCUCUUUUCAUCAUCUUAUCCCGAGAGAGCAGAGAGCGGCUCGCUUUGCUUCUCCUAAUUGGACCCACUUCCUUGAGCCGCCUUCACAUCUGCAUUGCAAACCCAGGGCAAUUUAUCUGGGAGAUUUCCCCGCGGGGGGCAGCCCAGCUGUGACUGACAGGUCCUGUGCCAGGAACCCAAGCCCAAUUAGAGCCAAGUGGAAGUUUUUGCAGGGUGGGGAGGUUUGGAAGGAUGCAGAGAGGAGGGCUCCGGCCUCUCUGUGCUACCUGGAGUCGAUUUCACCGGUCUUGUGGAGGGGGCAAGGCAGAUCUGCUGCUCUCUGCUUGGAUCAAGGGCGGGAGGGGUCGUGUCCCCCCCCCCUCUGGGAACCUAGAGCUAUCCCUCACCUCCACCAUCUCCCUCUGCCUCAUAGGAGCAACAAUUUGGAUCUCGUGUCUGCACUCCCAUGCAAUGUCUGGAAAAGGAGGGUCUCCUUCUUUUUGCUCGUACAAAGGAGGACUCUGAUCUUGCUCUGCCUGCUCAGAGCCUGGCUACAGGUUGCGUCCCUAUGACAGAUGCCAAGGGAGGCUGCAGUGGGGCAGUGCUUCGAGUGCAGACUAGGAUCUGGGAGAGGCCAGGGUUUGAAUCCCUGCUCAGCCAUGAAUUUCAGUGUUUGUGAGCCUGGGGUCAGUCGCCGCCUCUCAGCCUAGCCCUGCUGCAUGGGGUUGUGAGGAUAAGAAGAGUGGGAGGAGAACCGCAGGUGCAGCCUUGAGCUAGUAGCUGCCCUUGAUCGCUGCCCCCACCAAGUCCUCUUUCAAAGCCACCCCAGCUGGUUGCUCCUUUCCCAUAGGAGCGAGUUCUGCAGUUUGCACACCCCGUGAAGAAGUCUUUUCACCUGAGCCUUCCACGUCCAGCUUCAUCAGAUUCUCUCUCCUAGUGUUGUGUUGUUGUUUAGUCGUUUAGUCGUGUCCGACUCUUUGUGACCCCAUGGACCAGAGCAUGCCAGGCACUCCUGUCUUCCACUGCCUCCCACAGUUUGGUCAAACUCAUGCUGGUAGCUUCAAGAACACUGUCCAACCAUCUCGUCCUCUGUCGUUCCCUUCUCCUUGUGCCCUCCAUCUUUCCCAACAUCAGAGUCUUUUCCAGGGAGUCUUCUCUUCUCAUGAGGAGGCCAAAGUAUUGGAGCCUCAGCUUCACGAUCUGUCCUUCCAGUGAGCACUCAGGGCUGAUUUCCUUCAGAAUGGAUAGUUUGUUUGUUUGUUUUUUAUAAGAUAUUUAUUGAAGUUUUCAAGAUAUUACAACACACACACACACACACACACACACACACACACACAAAAAGAAAAUACAAAGUAAAAAUAUUUAAAAACAAAUCAUUCCUUCCAUUACUUAACCUUCAUUUGCUUAGUUCCCGGACCUCCUCACACCUCCCUUUUUUGUAUUCCAGUUCAAUUAUUUCGUUCAGCAAAUCCCUCCCCUCUUUAUGUUUCCUAAUCAUUAAUCAUAAAGUAUUGUAAUUUUAGAUUUUUACAUAUUAAUAAUCCAUUUUUUCAUAUUCCUUGUAACCUUUCAGCUAAAGUUCACUUAGUUUCUAUCCAACAUCAUUCUAGCAUUCAUUAAUUUUACAAUAUUUCUGUAGAUAGUCUUUAAACUUUUCCAAUCUUCCUCCAUCGACUCUUCUCCCUGGUCUCGGAUUCUGCCAGUCAUUUCCGCCAAUUCCAUAUAGUCCAGCACCUUCAUCUGCCAUUCUUCCAAGGUGGGUAGAUCUUGUGUCUUCCAAUACUUUGCAAUGAGUAUUCUUGCUGCUGUUGUGCAGAAUGGAUAGUUUGACCUUCUUGCAGUCCAUGGGACUCUCAAGUGUCUCCUCCAGCAGCAUAACUCAAAAUAAUCAAUUCUUCGGCGAUCAGCCUUCUUUAUGGUCCAGCUCUUACUUCCAUACAUCACUACUGGGAAAACCAUACCUUUAACUAUACGGACCUUAGUGUUAGGAGGGAGGAAAACCUUUUCCUCCGCAGCUCAGAGCUAGAGCAUCGCCUUUGCGUGGUCCCAGGCAGCUUCCUGGGUUCAUGGCAAGACAUUUCCCAAAGCAGGGGACACACACACACACACACACACACACACACACAGCAUGCAGCCAUUCAUUCAGAGAACAAGGAGAUCCUUCUAACAUUUACAGACCAAGGACGACAUCUAGUGGAGUUCCUUCUCCAGCGUCCGAGCAUCAACGCUAAGCAACUCGAACGGAGAUUAUUUUAAAAACAGACGGCGCCCCUUCCCCCAAACAUAAGAAGCCAAAAUAAGCAAGUGGGAAAUCCACAGACAAGUUGGAAAGCAGAUACUCAGAGGACGGCGGCUACUGUUCCUGCCCAGUUUUUCCCCCAGCUCCUAAGAACUGAAUUGGAGGGACGCAGGUGGUGCUGUCGGUUAAACCACAGAGCCUAGGGCUUGCUGAUCAGAAGGUCGGCGGUUCAAAUCCCCGCGACGGGGUGAGCUCCCGUUGCUCGUUCCCUGCUCCUGCCAACCUAGCAGUUUGAAAGCACGUCAAAGUGCAAGUAGAUAAAUAGGUACCGCUCCGGCGGGAAGGUAAACGGCGUUUCUGUGCGCUGCUCUGGUUCGCCAGAAGCGGCUUAGUCAUGCUGGCCACAGGACCCGGAAGCUGUACGCCGGCUCCCUCAGCCAAUAAAGCGAGAUGAGCACCGCAACCCCAGAGUCGGCCGCAACUGGACCUAAUGGUCAGGGGUCCCUUUACCUUUAAGAAUCGAAAGUGAGCAGCGCUGCUGCUGCUGGUGCUGUUCUCAGGCCCCGCUCGCGUGCUUCCACUGCAGCCCCUGGGUGUCUGCUGUGGGAACAGGCAGCUGGACUAGAUGGGCCAUCAAAGUGCUUCUCAUGUUCUUAACUCAUGCCUUCAUGAGGGCUAGAUACUUGGUGCGUUCAUUGUAAGUUGUAGGAGGGGGAAGCAAGCAGGCGCUCCCAGGGUUCUGAGUCUUUUGCCGUUGCGUUCCAUGCGAAGUGUUAGAAGCCCAUUUCUAAUGACCCUGCCUGCGUUCUCUCUCUUUUCCCCCUUCCUUUCUCUGGCUCUUUGCUUCCAGCUUGCGCAGUUCCAGCAGCAAACUCGCCCAGCUCACCUUGGAACAGAUCCUGGAGCACCUAGACAACCUGCGCCUGAACCUCACCAACACCAAACAGAACUGUAAGUGCAUCUUUAAAGACUCCCCCACAGAGAGCUGAUGCCGGUUGAUGUAGACCAGGCAUAGGCAAAGCCCCCAUCUGUGCCAUUCAUCCUGCGGUCCUCUUGGAUAUGCAUGUUGCAAGGAUGUGAAGCCGCCGUGUUUUCUUAAAAUUUCAUUUCACUGACUUCCUGGUGUUUUUUUCCUUCCGAUUCCCCGGCAGUUUUCAGCCAAACCCCCAUCCUGCAGGCCCUCCAGCACGUCCAGGCCAGCUGCGACGAAGCCCACAAGAUGAAGUGAGUGCCCGUCUCUUGUGUUUGCGUUUGUUGGAGGGAUGGGCGAAGGCUUUCCUUGGUACUGUAUGGGGCUCAGAAAAAAGAGGGUGCCCUCCUUUCCAAAGGAGAGCAAGUGAGCAGGAGAGAAAUGGAGAAGAAAGUCUGGCCAUGCAGACUGAGACGAGUAGAGGUUUGCUUGUAGGGCCGGAAGGGAAGGGUGUAGAACUUGCUUCUCUCCCCCAAAGCAGGGGCAGCAUGUGGGGUGGCAUCGUUCCACAAUCCCUGAGCCCUGCUGCUGCUGCUGUUUCACUCUCCAAUCGAGCAAACCAGAAAAAGGAACAAGUAAUCUUUCACUUAUGGAGACACGGGUGGCGCUGUGGUCUAAAGCACAGAGCCUAGGGCUUGCCGAUCAGAAGGUCGGCGGUUCGAAUCCCCGCGACGGGGUGAGCUCCCGUUGCUUGGUCGCAGCUCCUGCCAACCUAGCAGUUCAAAAGCACGUCAAAGUGCAAGUAGAUAAAUAGGUACCGCUCCGGCGGGAAGGUAAACGGUGUUUCCAUGUGCUGCUCUGGUUCGCCAGAAGCAGCUUAGUCAUGCUGGCCACAUGACCAGGAAGCUGUACGCCGGCUCCCUCGGCCAAUAAAGUGAGAUAAGCACCGCAACCCCAGAGUCGUCCGCGACUGGACCUAAUGAUCAGGGGUCCCUUUACCUUAAUCUUUCACUUAUGUGUUUUUAUUUUGUAAAAUCUAUUCACCACUUCUUUGUUUUUUAAAAAAACCCAACAACCUCAAAGCAGUUUCCCAAAAGAACGACAAAACAAAAUUAAUAGCAAAAGCAAAAAUUUAAGAUGUUCAAAGAAAUACUAAUUAAAACCAACGAUAGGCUUAAAAACCAGAUUAAAACACGGGUCAACGUUCUGCCCGUCGGGACAGACUUGCCUGUACAAAAAAUAUGUUUUUAGCAAGCGCAGAAAAGAGCCCAGCCAAAGAAGGUGCCAGCCUGAGGUCGAUCUGCAGGGAGUUCCGAAGUGUAGGUGCCGCCUCGCUAAAGGAUUGAUGGCUUACCAAUGUGGAAUGAGUAUUAUGUGGCACCUAGGAUGGUGCCAGUUCUGUAGUCAAGUUGGCUUAAAGACUGCCUUGCUCGUAAAUAGGCCCCCAAAUGGUUAAGCAAACACAGUGGUACCUCUGGUUGCGAACGGAGCUCCGUUUGCAACCUGAGCAGAACACAACCUGCAUCUGCGCAGGUUGCAAUUUGCUGCUUUUGCGCAUGCGUGUGACGUCAUUUUGAGCGUCUGUGCAUAUGCGAGUGGCGAAACCCGGAAAUAACCCAUUCCGUUACUUCUGGGUUGCCGCAGGACGCAACCUGAAAAGAUUUAACCUAAAGCAAAUGUAACAAGAGGUAUGACUGUAUAAGGUAAAAGGUAAAGGGACCCCUGACCAUUAGGUCCAGUCGUGACUGACUCUGGGAUUGUGGAGCUCAUCUCGCUUUAUUGGCCGAGGGAGCCGGCAUACAGCUUCCGGGUCAUGUGGCCAGCAUGACUAAGCCGCUUCUGGUGAACCAAAGCAGCGCAUGGAAAUGCUGUUUACCCUCCCACCGGAGGGGUACCUAUUUAUCUACUUGCACUUUGACGUGCUUUUUAACUGCUAGGUUGGCAGGAGCAGGGGCCGAGCAACGGAAGCUCACCCCGUCGUGGGGAUUCGAACUGCCGACCUUCUGAUCGGCAAGUCAUAGGCUCUGUGGUUUAACCCACAGCGCCACCCGUGUCCCUCUGUAUACUGUAUAUGUAUAUGACUGUAUAUGAACAGCAAAUUGACAACCGGUGCGGAUCUCUGAGCUGAGGUGCUGAAGGCCUCGCAUCCUCCUGCAGCGUUGUCGCCGCAGCUUCCAGGUCGAGCUCAAGGGAGACCCCGGCAUUCCCUGACCUGCCGCCACCCGCAAACCUCUUGGGUGCAGAGCUUCUUGUACAGUCCGUGGACCCACCCUGUGCCAUCUCCCCUCCCCAGGUUCAGCGACCUCUUCUCCCUGGCCGAAGAGUACGAGGACUCCUCCAGCAAGCCUCCAAAGAGCCGCCGGAAAGCCACCGUCUCCAGCCCCCGCAGCCGGAAGAACGCGGCGCAGCCCGCCAACAACGAGGAAGAGUCUGCCUCCAGCAGCGCCUCGGUGAGCAGAGCCUUUGCGGCGGGGGCAGGGUUACGUGGGUACACGGGAUGCUUUGGUGCCGCGCGGUGCCCCGAUGCGGCGAUGUAUAAAUCGUGGUGCGCAAAUGCUUUUCAUAAAUAAACAUAGCAGCAGCGGGGAACCUCCGGCCCAGGGUUCCCAAAUGUGGCCCCCAACCUCUCUGUUCCGGCCCUUGGGGCUUUCCCGUCGCCAUCCCCGAGCGCUCUUGCCCGGCUGGAAUGUGCCCUUGGCCUGUGAUCAUGCCAGUUAUUGCAUGGAGAAAGCAGGCUCUGGGUACAGAAGCCCCUUGACUUUUUCGUGGCUGGAAUGCAGAACCAGGAUAAUUGUAUUAAAGCAGUGGAAAGGCUGUUUGCCUCCGAGGGAAUGUGAGACUCGGGCUGAAAAGAGUUUCCUUCUCCCACCCCCUUGAAACAAAGCUUUCUUUCUUUCUUUCUUUCUUUCUUUCUUUCUUUCUUUCUUUCUCUCUCUCUCUCUCUCUCUCUCUCUCUCUCAUAUUUAUUGAUUUUCACAGGUUUUACAAAUUUACUUACAUUUCAAUCUCUGUUCUCUCUCAAAUUUGGGCUACCCACCCUUAUUUUCAUAAUGUUUUUAUUCCUAUCUUGUACCUACUGCUUUCUAUGACAUACUUCAAUACAAUUACCCACUAUCUCACUUAUCCUUGUUUUCGUCCCCCUGCUCAUAAUUCAAACCUUGGUCGCGUUUUCAUUUGACUCAUAACAGUUCUUCAAAUAUUCUGAAAAGGGUCUCCACUCUUCCACGAACAGUUCGCCUCUUUUAUCUCUCGUUUUUGCUGUCCAUUUCACCAUUUCUGCAUAGACCGUUAACUUUUGAAGCCGUUCCUCCUUGACUGGUACUGCUCCUCCUUUCCAUUUCUGCGCUUAGAGGAUUCUGGCUGUUGUUGCAUCUAUAAAUAUUUUAACCAUCUUUUUCGGGACCUUCACCCCUAUUAUCCUGAAGAGAAAAGCUUCAGGACUUUCAGGAAUAACCAAUUUGAACAUUCAUAAUGAAUCAUUCCCCCAGAGCCUUUAGCUUUCUUACAUGUCCACCAUAUUUGGGGGAAAGAGAAAAAAACAGACCCUUUGGUAGGUAGGUAGGUAGGUAGGUAGAUAGAUAGAUAAUUUAUUACGGUCGGAGACCAGCUUAUAAAACACACUUGGGGGUACAAUCCCAGAAGGAAAGCAAACAUUUAAAACAAUGUACAACAAUAAAUUUAAAAUUUAAAAAUGCGAUAUGUUUACGCUUCCAACAAUUACUUGACACAUCCUUGUACACUUUAAACAGAUCGUUUGGUGUUUAAGAUUCCACUUACAUAUCAUUGAAACAAAGCUUUCUUUGCUCUUAGGAGGAGGAAGACACAAAACCCAAACCCACCAAGCGGAAGAGGAAAGGCUCCUCAGCGGUUGGAUCGGACAGUGACUGAGGGGGGCGGGCAAGACCGCCUUGUCGCUAGCAGCUCCCAGGGUGACCGCAGGCAGCGGCAGAGAGCGGAUCUGGAGCGGCCGGCCGGAGUCACCAUCGGCAGCGAGGACAAUGCUCUCUAAAGAGGGGCGCCGGCGGGACUUGGGACGCAUGGGCGCCCCCUCCCCCCCCACCUUGGCACCGUUACAGCCUCUGCCCCGCUCCCUGUGCCUGCGAGACACUCUCUGCCCCCCCCGGCGUCGCCACCCAUCCUCGCCUGCCCGCCUUUUGCACGGUGGCCGCGGGCGGAGGGGACGACGCGGGUGGUUUUCCUCAGGCCUGUCCUAGGCAGUGCGGGGGGCCACCUCAUUCCGCGGGCAGCGGCGCCAGAGAGAGGGGCCCUCUCUUCUCUCCGAAAUGUAAAUAAAUGGUGUGAACCGGCGUUACUCCCGUCAGUGCUGCUUCCGGCGGGGAGAACCGGGAGUGGGGCUGGGCUUGGGGGGGCUGGAAAUGUGAGGAGGGGCAGGGGGGGUUAUUUCGGAGCCGGGCCAGGCUUUUCCUGGCAUCGUUCCCCCCCACACACAGUGCCAGAGGCCCCUCCUCCCCACCCAACCCCAAGCUUGUCGUGUGUGUGCCCUUCCACCUCCACAGAGAGAGAGAGAGAGAAAGGCCAUUUUCUCCACACAGAGAACAUUCCGGUUAACCACCCCAAAGCCUCAAACACUCCCCCCACCCCACUUCCUGGGAAGGUUGGGGGGGGGGCAAGGAGGCUUUCCUUUCUGCGGCCUCCCUGCCCUUCCACGUACGACAGCCGGAGAAGCCUCGCUGCCCCGUUCCUGCCUCAAAACGACAACUCCCCCCCAGCCAUACGAAGAAAUGACUGCUAGGCUGUCAGCAUGAAGGAAGGCCCCUCGCCCUGCCCCACAUCCUCCCAGCCAGCUUUUUGAGAAGCGGCCCCCCUCCUUCCUGAGAACCCCCUCUCACAGGGUUGGGGGGCGGGAAGGGGAGGCGGUGGUGGUGGUAGUGGUGGGAGCAACCGACUCAGCGACAGGCGAGCGAGACGAGAUGGUAGUUAUAUUUUUAAUUCCCCGCCUACCCACUGAGAGAUUAUCAUUUUUAAGUGGUUUUUAAAAGAGACAAUAAAAACUGUCAACAUGUUUUUUGUACAAGUU